UCCACUUCACCCGCUUGCGGAAACUACAGCAACUAAAAGGAAACGGUGUAGUGUACAUAGGCGCACAUCUCUUCCCAUGGGGGGAAGAAAUGAGGUUGUAUUUUAUUUGGCUUUUCUUGUUGUUCUUGCAGAAUCUCAGUCUCAGUAUGACUGCACUUUUGAGACUGGCUACUGCUCAUGGAUACAGGAUACCUCUGAUCAACUCAACUGGAUUCACACUCAAGGAACAACUAGAAAUCAAACUACAAGACCCACUGUGGAUCAUACAUCAGGCAACAAAAGUGGUUGGUACAUUCUUAUAGAAACAGCAGUUGUUCAAGGGACCAACAGUACAGCACGCCUGAUAUCUCCACAGAUUCCAGCCAACUCUCCAUAUUGUCUGCAGUUCUGGUAUUACAUGUAUGGUGCUCAUGUUGAUACGCUUACCAUUUAUGUUCAUAGAGGAGGAAGUCCUGACAUACCGCUGUGGACCAAAAGCCAGACUCAAGGCAGCCAGUGGAUCUAUGGGCAAGUGCAGCUGUAUUCUUUUUUCUACUCUGUCAACAUAGUGUUUGAGGCAGUCCGUGGACCCUUCUUUAAGGGUGACAUUGGGAUAGAUGACAUCAGAGUUGUGCCAGGAAGCUGUCCUACCACAAGUGGCUUGGCAUGUGACUUCGAGGCAGGUUUGUGUGGAUGGAAUCAGAUGACGAAAGAUGAUUUUAACUGGACCCUACAUUCUGGUCAAACAACUACUGUAAAUACUGGACCUUCUAAUGAUCAUACUCUGGGUACCUCAUCAGGUCACUAUCUGUACAUAGAGACUAGCUCUCCACGGUAUCUUGGACAAAAGGCUCACCUUGCAAGCUCCUUGGUAACCCAGACUACCCCACAGUGCAUGUUAUUCUUCUAUAGCCUCAAUGGGGACAAUGUUGGUGCCUUGAAUAUCUACAUAAUAUCUGGUGCUGAACUGACAAGCAGUGAUAUUCCAGUAUGGUCAAAAAGAAUCAACUUAGGUGACAUCUGGUUCCCAGGUCAAAUAAGCAUUCAGGGUUCUUCUUCUUAUAGGGUUGUAUUUGAGGGAGUAGUUGGUGCUGGGAGUUUAGGAGAUAUAGCUAUUGAUGAUAUCAUUGUAAGGAAUGGUAGCUGCUCCCAUCAAGCUAAUAAUAACUUUGAGCAUGGCUUGGGACUAUGGACCAAUCCAAGUGUAGGGGAUAACUUUGACUGGUUGUUAGGACAGGCAUCAAUGGGUGCAACUUUUUCUGGACCAAGAGUUGACCACACACUGGGUACUUCAGAAGGACACUAUCUUUUCGUUGAAUCCUCCAAGCCCAAACAAGGUGGAGACAUUACCUGGCUUCAGAGCCCUGUCAUGGAACCAAAUGUGGCCCUGUGCAUGUCUUUUUGGUAUGUUACGAAUAUUGAUGAUACAGAUGCCAUUAAUGUCCUGAUGCGCCCAGCAACACCAGCUAAUAAAAUUUCAAUCACAGUCUGGUCACUCAUUGAUAGUGUGUCAGCAGGUUGGAUGCAUGGUCGGGCAGCUUUUUACAACAGUGCUCCAUUUUAUAUCAUAAUUGAAGUUAGAAGAAGUGAAAGAGAUCUGGGUGCCACUGCACUUGAUGAUAUCUCAUUCACAGAAUCUGACUGUAUGGCUGAACCUGAUUUUGAUGAGACUGGUUACCAUCUACCCACUUUUCCCCAGCUGCCUACUACGACUCCAGUACGAUCUCCAUAUAAUUGUGACUUUGAAGAAGAUUUUUGCAAGUGGGUUCAGGACACAUCAGAUGAUUUUGAUUGGAUUAAGAGUACAGGGGCCACCUCAAUUCAACAUACAGCAGCAUCGUUUGACCACACACUUGGAAACUCAACUGGUCAUUACCUUUUUAUUGAAACAUCGCUACCACGUCAUGCUAAUGAUACAGCUCGCUUGUUGUCACCUCAGUUGAAUGUCAGUCCACGUGGAGCUUGCCUACGAUUCUGGUAUAUAAUGUAUGGUCCAUCUGUCAACAGUCUGAAUGUAUAUGUACAAUCUAACACUAAUAUCACAAAAGUGUGGACACGGACUGGCACACAAAGAAACCAGUGGACAUUUGGUGAAGCCCCAAUUAUAAGCUACUACUCUUAUCAGAUAAUUAUCGAAGCUACUCGUGGGACGACCUUUCUGGGUGACAUCGCAAUUGAUGACAUUAGCUUCACAGACAGUCUAUGUGCCUCUGCUAAUACAGCAUAUCUUUGUGACUUUGAAUUUAAGGAGUUGUGUGGUUUUACUCAAGACAAAAAUGAUUCCUUUGACUGGACGUGGAAGAGAGCUGGCACAGUCGCAAACUUCACAGGACCCAUUGUUGAUCACACUGAAGGCACAGAUUCAGGUCAUUAUAUGUGCAUCAAAUCAAGUGCUCCACAAAACCCAGGUGAACGUGCCCGUUUGGUCAGUCCUAUAUACCCACAGACCACUGGCUCUUGCCUCAGUUUCUACUACAACAUGUGUGGCUCCAGGAUGGGCACAUUAACUGUUUAUCUAGCAGAAACAGGGCCAAUAACUCCUUAUCAGAUUAUCUUCCACAAGUCAGGGAAUCAGGGCUGCAACUGGUUGGUAGCAGAGGCUCAGGUUCAGAGCACAACCAGCUUUCAGAUCUACUUUGAUGGUAUUGUUGGAAGCAGAUACUUCAGUGACCUGGCCAUUGAUGAUGUCAGCCUCAAGCCUGGGAUCUGUCAGGGAGAUGGUGCUUGUGAUUUUGAAAAUGGACUGUGCACAUGGACAAAUGCAAGAGAUAUUGACCAGUUUGACUGGACGAUUGCUCAAGGUGGAAGAAGCAGUAAAUACAUGAAUCCUGACUUUGACCACACUUUUCUUGAUGGCGACGGACACUACCUUUUCAUUGAUCCCAGUAAAUUACUCCUGCCUGGACAGAAAGCUGUUCUACAGAGUCAGAUAUUUGAUGCAACUAGCAGUGGCUGUAUAACCUUCUGGUACUACCUGACUGGGAGUGAAAGCAGCACUCUGUCUGUAGUAAUGUUUACAAUCCCAAGCAACACCUCGACCAUGCUGUGGUCUUUGUCUGGGGAUCAAAAUAAUCAGUGGUUUUUUGCUGCAGCUCCUAUAAACAGUAGGAACAUUCAUUAUCAGAUAUGGAUACAAGGAUCAUUUGGUGCCAACUACUUUGGAAACUUUGCUGUUGAUGACAUAAUCUUCUUAUCUGAUAAUUGUGCAGUAUGUCCAGAAAAUGCCAGUCAAGCUAUUCCAGGAACGCAGUUGACAUCCCCUACAAUGAGCACCAUGGCUCCUAUUACUGCUGGAUCUACAGUGUAUGACUGCAGUUUUGAAAGUGGCUUUUGUGAAUGGCAACAAUCUGUUGAUGACAUUUUUAACUGGACUCGCACUCAAGGACCUUCUGGCACUCAGUCAGCUGGACCCAUCAAUGAUCACACACUUGGGACUGGUCAAGGGUGGUUUGCUUUCAUUGCACCAUCAGAUACUCAGCAGCAGAAUGACACAGCACGCUUACUGAGUCCCCGGAUCACAGACAACACUCCCCGUUGUCUUUCCUUCUAUUACCACAUGUUUGGAGCCAGUGUUAAUCUACUAAAUGUCUACAUGAAGUCAUCAGGUCAGUCACACCUUGGAAAUCUCAUCUGGCAGAGACAAGGAACACAGGGGUUGCAGUGGCUUCAUGCCAAAAUACAAAUCAAGCCAGUGGUGUCAUAUCAGAUCAUCUUUGAAGACAUACAGGGAUCUAGUUAUUCUGGUGACAUUGCUGUUGAUGACAUCACUUUCCCAACAGGAUUAUGUGAAUUCCUCUUUCCAGAGAGUACCGCAACCUUUACUUGUGACUUUGAGUCCAGUUCAGAUCCUCUCUGUGGCUUCACUCAAGACACAAAAGACAACUUUGACUGGAAGCAGAGCCAUGGUAGUGUAGCUACCAUAGGAACUGGACCCUUUCCUGAUCAUACUUACAGCACACCUGCUGGACAUUACCUUUACACUGAAAGUUCUACACUACACCAUAAGAAUGACAGUGCACGUCUGAUCAGUGAGAUGUAUGCUAACCCUGAUUCCAUCCAACAUUGCUUGAAUUUUUACUACCAUAUGCAAGGCAGCAACAUUGGCACUCUUAAUGUGUAUGCCAUGGCUCAGAAUCAGCAGCUUUCUGGUCCUGUUUGGACACGCUCCAUUGAUCAAGGAUAUGGGUGGAAAGAAGCUGAAGUGACUAUUGCCAUCAUCAGCAGAUUCCAGGUAAUUUUUGAAGCAGUUGCUGGCUCCAGUGCUUCAGGAUAUAUAGCAGUUGAUGACAUCACCAUUAUUGCAGGAGCAUGCCGAGACACAUCUUCCUGUGACUUUGAGGAGGACUUGUGUCUGUGGACUAAUGCUCAUGAUGGUUCAGAUAAGUUUGACUGGUUGCGAGUACAAAGCAGCAUCAGCACCCAGUACACUGGUCCCAGUGCAGACCAUACCCAUGGUACUCUGAGUGGUUACUAUAUCUUCAUUGAGACGGAUCCUCCUCGUCUAGAGGGCGAUAAUGCUCGGCUGAUAUCACAAGUGUUCCCAGCUUCUCCUGGCAGAGCAUUCUGCAUCACAUUCUGGUACUAUUUGUAUGGUGAUGAUGCUGGAACCCUGUCUGUGUUUGUUGUCAAUAAUGCCUCCCAUGAUACCAUUUACACAGAAGCUGCUCUUUGGCAAGAAGGAGAAGACAAUGGUGAAGUGUGGAAACCUGGCCAUGUUAAUGUCUCCACAAUCUACACACAGAAAUCCUUCCAGGUUAUAUUGGAAGGUGUUAUUGGAAAUGGUUUCAGUGGAAACAUUGCCAUUGAUGAUACUGCAAUAUUUCCUGGAGAUUGUGGUAAUCUGCCUGACGUUUCAAUAACAUCAGGUGCGAGUGGUCUUUCAUGUCAGUUUGAUGAAAGAACUAUAUGUUCAUGGAAGCAGAGUCCAGCAGAUGACUUUGACUGGACAAUAGCCAGCCAGUCCACACCAACUCCAGGUACUGGACCAGCCACAGACCACACUGGCUCUGGUGGUUCUUACAUCUACCUGGAAUCUUCUCGACCACGUAAGAUUGGUGAUAAAGCAGAUCUUAUCUCCCCUGUCCUGCCUCCUACUUCAGCAGCAGGUGGCUGCUUUAGUUUCUGGUACCACAUGUAUGGGCCCAGCAUUGGAACACUGUAUGUUUAUGCAACAGUCUAUGGUAAAGAGUCCUUACGGUGGACUCGCUCAGGCACACAGGGUAACGAAUGGAAACAAGUCCAGCUGACAAUUAUUAGUGCUGAUGACUAUCAGAUAAUUCUGAGAGGAACAGUUGGUGGCUCACAAGGGGAUAUUGCUCUGGAUGACUUUUCUUUAAUGAAUGAUGACCCCUGCUUAGCAUCAGAUGGAAAGAUGUGUGAUUUUGAGGCAGACAUGUGUGGUUACAGACAGCAAUCCUCUGGUCUGUGGUGGAAUUAUACUAAUGGAGAAGGUCACAGUGGAAUUUCAGAUCAUACCUUGAACUCAGAAGAAGGUCACUACAUUACGCUUUCAAGCUCAGGUGGACCAAACGACAAAGCAUCUUUGCUAUCACCUACAUAUGCAGCCUCCUCAGGUGAGUGUCUGCAGUUCUUCUACCACCUUCAUGGCAACAAUGGAGGUUCUUUGAAAAUCCAGCUUCACAUCAGUUCUGGCACAUCUGUCAUCUGGCAAGCCCAAGGUGACCAAGGAGAUCAGUGGAAGAAGGCUCAGGUCACAUUGAAGACCAUCACUAAGUACCAGAUUUCCUUUGAUGGUCAGAUGGGUCCUGGUUCAGGUGAUGUCUCUGUUGAUGACAUCUCUAUCUUGCCCUAUUCCUGCCCACCUCCUGGUUCCUGUGACUUUGAGAGUAGCUUUUGCUCCUUCACAAACUCUCACACAGAUCAGUUUGAUUGGAUACGUGGCUUUGGAGCUACAGCUUCACACUUCACUGGACCUACCACUGACCAUACAACUGGCACAGUUAAAGGCUACUACAUUUUCAUUGAGAGCAGCAACAACCGUCCUGGUGACAAGGCCCAGCUUGUGAGUGAAACCCUAGAACCCACUCCAGGGAGCUGCCUUGUGUUCUAUUACAACAUGAAUGGUGCAGGCAUGGGAUCACUGAAUGUCUACCAGUCCACAAAUUCCAGCCAGAAGCUGAUCUUCAACCAGACAGGUCAUCAUGGUGAUGUGUGGCUUCAGGGAUCAGCUAAUCUUACCUCUGCCACACCUUACACUGUUAUCUUUGAAGGUGUUAAGGGAGCCAACUACACCAGUGACAUAGCCUUAGAUGACAUUUCUGUGUCAUUGGGUGCCUGUUCCCAUCAAUCAACACAUACAGCUGUUGACAUCAUACCAACACCACCACCUUCAUUGCCUGGUCUGGGCUGUGAUUUUGAGACUGGCUUCUGUCAGUGGACACAAGAUCUGACAGACAAGUUUAACUGGACACGACAGCAUGCCUCAUCAUCAGCGUCCAGCUCAGGACCCAGAUUUGACCACACACAAGGGGACAUCCAGGGAUACUAUGUAUACAUUGAAUCAUCUCAGUAUGAUACCAAUGACUCAGCACGGCUUCGCAGUCCCACAUUCAGCACCUCAGGACCAACAUGUGCAACUUUCUGGUAUCACAUGUAUGGAAUCAAAGUGAACCAGCUGAACUUGUACCUUGGGAGCCCUGGACAACUGGGCAGCAGAAUCUGGACAAGGUCUGGCAGCCAAAGCUUCAUGUGGCUGUAUGCAGAGGUUGAAAUAGGAGCUGUUUCUACUGCACAACUUAUAUUUGAAGCUGUUUGUGGCAAGGACUAUAUGGGAGAUAUUGCACUAGAUGACAUCAGCAUACUGAAUGGCUCCUGCCCUGCACCAGCAUUUUGUGACUUUGAAGAUACGCAGACUUGUGGAUUUGUGCAAGAUACUGAUGACAUGUUUGACUGGUCACUUAACUGUGGAUCAAUUCCAGCUUCAGCCUCAUGUCCUGCAGGUGAUCACACAUAUGGCUCUGAGCAAGGUCACUUUAUGUACAUGCGAACAACCAGUCCACAACAGUCUGGUGAUGAAGCACACUUGCUGAGCAAGCCAUACAAUCCUACUUAUGGUAGCUGCCUCUCUUUCUGGUAUUACAUGGAAGGAGAGUUUGUGGGUAUACUGUAUGUCUACCUACGGAUUGUAGGACAGCCAUUACAAACCAAAUCAAAAUUGUGGUCAUUAAGUGAUGGUCAAGGUCCACAGUGGAAUUUAGCUGUCAUCAACAUUAAAAGCAUUGAGAGAUUCCAGGUAGAGUUUGUAGGAUUUAUUGGGGAGGGCACCAAUGGUGGCAUGGCAUUGGAUGAUAUCCUUUUGACACCUACAAGCUGUCUUGAACUGGCAGACUGUGAUUUUGAGCAGGGUGGAAUCUGCAGUUGGACUCAGAGUAACAGUGAUGACUUAGACUGGCUUGUAAACAGUGCAGAAAUAGGUUCUUUGGACUCUGGACCUGCAAGUGACCACACAACUGGUACACAAAGUGGUGAAUACAUCUAUCUGAAAGCAAACCUUACUGGAGGUGCAGCAGUGCUAAAGUCUCAGUCAAUCUCCUUCAACAUUGAUUCCUUUUACUGUUUUACAUUUUGGUACUACAUUCAGUUUUCAACAACUGCUACUGUCUCUGUCAGCUGGUAUGAAUCUAGUUCAGAUCCCGUUGUCGUCUCUAUUAGUAGAAGUCAAGGAAGCACAUGGAGUCAAGAAUUGAUGGAUGUAUCUGUGGAAACACCUUUCUUCACAAUGAAUAUAACUGGAACAGUUGGAAAUGGAAGCCACAAUGUCAUUGUACUAGAUGACUUAAAACUCUACCCUUUCAGAUGCUCUGAAGUUAAACAGAUGAUUGCUGCUUACAGUCUCUUCAUGUGUAACGAUGCAGCGAACACAAAAGUUACACAGGACAAAGUCUGCAACUUUAUCAGGGACUGCCCACCACCAUACUUGGACGAAGUCAACUGUGGUGAUUGUAGCUUCCAAAACAGUUACUGCCAGUGGACAGAAAACAGUGGCAGCAUUUGGCAGUGGACACUGGGCAGUGGCCAGUCUCACCCUAACCAUUCUGCUCCUAUGUAUGACCACUAUGGCAGCCCAACAGACAGUUUCCUGUACCUAACUAGAGGCUUUGGUACACAGAGCAUUUUCUCUGAUAUGUACAGUGUCCUCUUUGGUCCUUGCAGCUCAACAUGUCAAAUACUGCUGUUCUUUUAUAUUUCUGGGCAAGCCUCACAAGUUAGAGUCUUGCUGAGGCAAGGUGAUGAGGAGACAGUCCUAUGGACAACUAAUGGACAAGAUACUGACAAGUGGGUGCAAGCCACAGUUUAUGUUCUACGCAUCGCAACAUCAUUCAAGAUACACAUUCAAGGCUAUGCUGAUCCCACUUCUCCAUUUCCUAGCACUGUGGCAGUAGAUGAUAUUCAGUUUAUUAAUUGCAAUUUUCCAGCACCAGGUAAAUGUGACAGCAGUCAGGAUUUCUUCCAGUGCAAGAGUACUGCCUGCAUCCCCAUGAUGAGAGUUUGUGACUUCACUGAUGACUGUGGUGAUGGCAGUGAUGAAGUUUCUUGUGACACUUAUCCAUCACGCACAGACUUUGAGCAAAGCCUUGGUAUCUGGUACAAUGACCAUUCUGGAUCAGAUAAUUUUGACUGGACCCGUAUACAUGGUUCAACCAGUACAAGCAGCACUGGCCCUUCCCGUGACCACAGUAGAGGAACUUCCACUGGUUACUAUGUCUAUAUAGAGAGUUCUGUACCUAGGAAACCAGGUGAUAAAGCUUGGCUUGUGAGCAGCGAUGCCUUUAACCCGACAUUGGGAUCUACAUGUGUACUGCGUUUCUACUACCAUAUGUAUGGAGCAAACAUUGGUAGUCUUAAUGUGUAUACCCGUGUGUCCCUUCUUGGGGACUUGAGACAGAUUCUGUCUCUUUCUGGAAGUUAUGGUGAUGCAUGGAUGCGAAGAGAUGUCACAUUUCAUGAGACUGAUUUAUUCCAGAUUAUAAUUGAAGGAGUCACUGGAAAUGGUGACCAAGGAGACAUUGGCAUUGAUGAUAUCAGCAUGACAUCAGGCUGUCAAGUGUCUUAUGAUCCAUUCCCCACUGGCUCACCUCCUCUACCUACUCAGCCUGUUCCCUGUUCAGCAAAUCAAUUUGCUUGUGAUGGCAACCGCUGCAUUUCACGGACCCAAGUGUGUGACUUCCAGCAGCAGUGCAGUGAUGGCAGUGAUGAGCUCAUGUGUGGUGACUGCUCAUUUGAAAAUGACCUUUGUGGAUGGAGGGACCAUAGCACAGGACAGUUUGCCUGGAUCAGGAUGUCUUCUAAUGACAGUGCAUCAACUGGUGGCCCUACAUCUGAUGCAGAUGGCUUGGCAGGAGGUGGACAGUACAUGCUAGUUCAGCCCACUAUGGGUGUGACACAGGACCGUGCAAGACUGGUGUCUCCUGUGUUCAAUGCUUCUGGUACCACGUGUCACAUGAGUUUUAAAUAUCACUUGUUUGGUGAUAGUGCAGGUAGCCUUAUGAUUCUUCUCCAGAAAGCAGUGGAUAUCAACACAAACACUGGUAUUGGUUUGUGGCACUACACAGGCAAUGCUGGCAACACUUGGCACUUGCAUUCUGUUGACAUAGGGCAGAUAGACUUUCCCUUUGUGAUUACAUUUGCUUCACUACCAUAUCCUGGAUUUGGUUCAUUUAAUGUGGCAGUGGACGACAUUAAUUUUGAGGAUUGCCAGUCUGGUCUCAUUCUUAAUGGCACAGAUUUCAGCAUUAACUGCACAUUCGACUUUGGAAUGUGUGGUUUCUUUCAAGUCCACAUGGAUGACUUUGACUGGAUCUGGAGUAACCAGAGUACACCAACAGCAGGAACUGGGCCUGAUCGUGACCACACCUCUGGUACAGGAUAUUAUGUGUACAUUGAGACAUCACCACCUCGGAAACCUGGUGAUGUAGCUGACCUUUCAUCAGGUCUGCAGCCACCAACAGGUCCUCUGGGAAUGUGUCUAAUUUUCUGGUAUCAUAUAUAUGGUGCUCAUGUGGAAACACUCAAAAUCUUCCUGCAGCAAGAGUCAAAUCGUACACUAUUAUGGAGUCAGUCAAACACACAGGACAAUGUCUGGCGACAAGGCAUGCGUCUCAUCAUCAGUCAUCAGGCUUUCAAGAUUGUCUUUGAAGGAACAGUGGGUGUAAGCUACCUGGGUGAUAUUGCCAUAGAUGAUGUCUCACUCAUGGAUGGCCCUUGUCCUCAUUUGUCAGAUUGUGACUUUGAGAUAGAUUUCUGUGACUACACCCAGAACACAGAUGAUCAGUUUGACUGGAUUCGUCAAGCAAACAUCACUUCAUCUGGUGGGACAUGUCCAUUCACAGAUCAUACCACAGGCAAUGGGAAUGGCUUCUUUGCGUGCAUCAACACUUCAACCCCACAUCAUCCAGGUGACCGUGCCAUCAUCACUAGUUCUGCUAAUCAGCCAUCUGCAGUCAGCCAGUGUUUAACUUUUUGGUACUUCUUGUCUGGCAAUAAUGUUGGUCAACUUAAUGCAUAUAUUAUUUCAAACGGAAUUCGUCCAUUAUCACCUGCAUUUAGUCAGCAGCAAGGCCAAUAUCAGAACUGGAUUCAGGCUUCCAUCACUUUGCAACAACAGUCUGCUCCAUGGCAGAUCAUGUUUGAAGGCAUUGUUGGACAAGGUGAUGCAGGGUGCAUCGCCAUUGAUGAUGUAAAUGUACAAGAAGGUAACUGCCUUCCACCUGGCACCUGUAACUUCGAGAUUGAUACCUGUGGCUACAUCAAUGUUCAGGGCUUGGAUGACUUUGACUGGCUUCGUUCAACAGGCAGGACUGUUGUUGCUGGCACUGGUCCGGCAGUUGACCAUACGUCUGACUCUGAUGCAGGUUUUUACAUGUACAUGGAAACAAGCUAUGACAAUCUAGGGCAACGUGCACAAUUGUACAGUUCUCCCAUCCCUCCAAGCCCUUUGAUUUGCAUCAGCUUCUGGUAUCACAUGUAUGGCCAAAAUGAGGGUACCCUGCAUGUGCAUCUGGUGCAACCUGAACAGACUGUGAAUCUUGUAAACAUCACAGGAGACCAGGGCAAUUUUUGGCACUACUGGGAGAUCUCUACAGGCUGUAACUUAUACUGCUGGCUGAAGUUUGAAGGCACGGUAGGUAAUGGAAUCAGAGGAGAUAUUGCUAUUGAUGAUGUGUCAGUGAGACAAGGAAACUGUACUGGUCCACCUUCUGCCACUGACACUCCUGGAAUUUCAGAAACAACCUAUCCUCCAACAAAGUACGACUGCACCUUUGAUCAAGCCAACAUUUGCACAUGGACGCAGGACACCACGGACUACUUAAACUGGACCCUGCACCAUGGUGCAACAACAACACUCUUAACAUUACCUAGCUAUGAUCACACACAGCAAAACUCAGAUGGUUACUAUAUAUACACUGAAGCUUCCAACCAGCCGGCAAAUUCCACCGCCCGCAUCAUCAGCCAGAGUAUGACCAUAAGUGAUGUUGGUACAUGCAUUCACUUCUGGUUCCACAUGUAUGGCACCAAAAUUGGAACUCUUAAUGUUUAUGCUCAGCAAGGCCAGAACCUGGGAAGCGCCAUCUGGACAAGAUCAGGUGAACAAGGAGACAAGUGGAUCAGUGCAACUUUGUUCCUCACACCUCAAGCUAUGUCCCCUCCUCAGAGUCAGCCAACUCUUGUGCAGAUCGUCUUUGAAGGUGUGCUUACUGGGGGUUACCAAGGUGAUAUAGCACUGGAUGAUAUAUUCUUCAAUGAUGGCAACUGUCCUAGAUCAGUGACAUGUGAUUUUGAGUCGGAAGACAUCUGUGGGUACAUUCAAGAAGCAAGUGGUAGUUAUGACUGGACUAGACAAAGGGGUCACACACCAAGCACAGGAACAGGGCCAGCCACAGAUCAUACCUAUGGCACAAUGAGUGGAUACUACAUGUAUACAGAAGCAUCUGGUGCAAAUCCUGAUGAGACUGCGAGCCUGUUGAGUCCUGUCCAGCCUGCCACAACAGGAAAGUGCCUGCACUUUUACUACCACAUGAGUGGAACAGGUAUGGGAACACUCAUGGUGUCCAUCAGAGCAGAGACUGUAAACACCAUCCUCUGGCGCCGCUUUUCAGAUCAGGGUGAUGUGUGGCAUGCAGCGCAGGUCUCCAUCAACUCUAACUUUCAGUACCAGGUAGCAUUUCAAGCUGUUCGAGGCAGCACUUCAUUAAGUGAUAUAGCCAUUGACGACAUACAGCUGCUCAAUGGACUCUGUCCACCGCCAGCCUCAUGUGACUUUGAACAGGGACAGUGUGCAUGGAGCAACGACAACACUGAUGAUAACUUUGACUGGAUUCGCUCUCAGGGCUCCACCAUCACUGCAAAUACUGGCCCUACAAGUGACCACACUCUGCAGAACAUUAAAGGUCACUACAUGUACAUAGAGGCAUCUCAGCCAAGGAAACCAGGAGACAAAGCUCGACUGCACUCAGAGAUUCUGAACAACAGUUCACAUCCCCAGUGCCUCACCUUUUGGUACAGCAUGCAUGGUGCUGGCAUCGGUGCUCUUUCUGUGUACAAGAACCUAGUCACUGGAACGUCAGGACUUAUUCAUCUCUGGACACUGAGUGGAGACCAGGGAGCUCAGUGGCAGAAAGCCUCAGUCCCCGUUAAAGACAACCAAGAAGAAUUUAUGCUCGUCUUUGAGGGAGUGGUUGGCAGUUCCUACCUUGGUGACAUAGCCAUUGAUGAUAUCAAUCUGAAAGAUGGAGACUGCUCUUCUAGUCAGCCAUCAACAUUUACCUGCAAAAAUCAGCAGACUGUGACUAGUGAUAAAGUGUGCAACUUUGUGAAGGACUGUUCUGAUGGCAGCGAUGAGAUUCAGUGUGGAAACUGUACUUUUGAUGCAGAUCUUUGUGGAUACAUUGACAUAAGUCAAGGUUCUUUUAGCUACCUACGUACCAGUAAUGCUACAUCAACAAAGAGUCUUCCCAUUCCAUUUGACCAUUCUUACAACAAAAGCAAUGGAUACCUGCUGUAUGUAGACACAAGCCAAGGAACUUUCAACUCUUUGGCCACAUUAGCAAGUCCUGUACUUCAUCAGUCUUCUCCAGUCUGCCAGCUGAAUUUCUACUACUUCAUCAUUGGUAGUGCUGGUGCUGGUCAGCUUCAGGUCUCUGUCAUGACUGGAGACACCAAAACCAUUGUCUGGCAGCUCCGUACCAGCUCUGUUACUAACCAGUGGCUACUUGCUGUGGCAGACAUAGGUGCUUUUAAUGGAGACUUCCAGAUAUACAUAGAAGCCAAGAGAUUUUUGUCAUAUGGCAGCCUUGUCAUAGAUGAUGUUCAGCUCCUUAACUGUGGAUACCCACCCCCACAAGCAUAUUGCCCUCCUGGUUCCUUUCAGUGCCAGAUGGGAUCGUGUAUUAACAAGGAUCAAGUGUGUGAUGGGGAGAAGGACUGUGGUCAGCAGGAUAAUAGUGAUGAAGCCACCUGUACGGCUACCCACAUGUGUGACUUUGAGCACUCACUCUGUGACUGGGCUCAGGAUGUCACAGAUGAUUUUGACUGGGUAAUCAUGAAUGGUCAGACCCCAACUCCAGACACAGGUCCCUUCCGUGACCACACUACAGGUCUUGUGACAGGACAUUAUGUUUACACAGAGUCUUCUGCACCACGUCGCCCUGGUCAAAAGGCAAGACUACUUAGUCCAGUAAUCCAGCCUACUACAGCCAGUGACAACUGCUAUCUUGUUGUCUACUACAACAUGAAUGGUAGAACUAUGGGUGACUUUAAUGUCUACAUGCAAACAUCAUCCAAUGGUUACCCUAGCACUUUGAUUCAUCGCUCAGGUGACCUUGGUCCUGUGUGGGUGCGAGCUUCACGACUUCUUGUUUCUGCUCAACCAUUUUCUCUUAUAGUUGAAGGUGUUAUUGGCCCUAGCUAUUAUAGUGACUUAGCUGUGGAUGACAUUGUGUUGUCAGCAAGCUGUAGAUUUUCACAAAAUACUCUUCCUACAGCUGGUUACACUGUAACUGACACAACCCCCAGAGUGUGUGCAAUGAGCCAGUACCAGUGUGCAAAUGGUGACUGCAUAGACCAGUCUCGUUACUGUGACUUCUCCAAGGAUUGUUCAGAUGGCUCUGAUGAGUUGACAUGUGGCGUCUGCAAUUUUGAGGCAGGACUGUGUGGCUACAAAGAUUUAAGUGUUGGGCGCUACAACUGGACACUGAGCAACCCAGCUUUGAUGGGGGUGGUGGGCCCAGCUUCAGAUCACACUCUGGGAAAUAGACAGGGUCACUAUGCUUACGUGGAGGGUGACAGAGGAGUGUUUCAACAAGUGGCCAGACUGCAAAGCCCUCCAUUGCCAGCACUUUCUACUAACUGCAUUAUAACCGUCUUCUACUACGUUUCAAGUCAUCAGUUUGGUUCCUUCCUAGUGGGAAUAACUGUUAAUGAUUCAUUUAGACCCAUAUAUAUUUUGCCUUCUAAUGUUGAGCUAGACUGGCAGUCCCUAAAUGUGUACAUAGGCAGAUUAGGUGGUCUGCCAGCAGGCUCCCAUCUUGAGUUCCAUGUAAUGCCCAUCCUUGGAGCUCCUGUCAACAACUAUGCUGAUGUGGCAAUAGAUGAUAUUACCUUUACCUACUGCAAUCCAAGACAGCUACCCCCAACUGUCAGCUGCACAUUUGAGACAGGAUUCUGCACCUGGAACCAGAGCACUAAUGACCAGAUGGACUGGUUAAGGCGCCAGGGCUCAACACCAACUGCACACACUGGCCCAUCUGGUGAUCAUGCAACAGGUGCAGGUUACUAUGCAUACAUUGAAACAUCACCACCAACAAGACCAGGUGAUUCAGCAGUCCUACAAACUCCGUGGCUUCCACCUACUGAUUCUGCAGGUUACUGUCUGACUUUCUGGUAUUACAUGUUUGGGUCAACUGUAGGUAAUCUUACACUCAGUUUAUUGAUGCCACAUAGUGUGCAGACAUUGUGGUCUAAGCGUGGACCUCAGGGUGACCAGUGGAGACAGGCCCAUCGCACUAUCAUUUCCACUGUAGAGUACUCCCUCUUCUUCCAGGCUUCUUCAGGUGGUUACCUUGGAGACAUUGCAAUAGAUGACAUCUCAGAAUUGAGGGGACCUUGUCCUCCUACAGCAUCUUGUGACUUUGAAGAGGACACAUGUUCGUGGACACAGAGCAGCAAGGGUAAUAUCAACUGGACUCUGGGCACCAAUGGUUCCACAGCCAUGGGAACAGGACCAAGACUAGAUCACACAUUUGGUUCAGACUCAGGCCACUUUUUGUUUCUACAUGGAAGUAAAUCAGGUGACCAGGCAUUCCUUGCCAGCACAUUACUUAACAGUGUUUCAUUAUUUUGUGUACAGUUCUGGUAUUACAUGCAUGGACAACAUACAGGGUCACUGAAUAUAUCUGUCACUAUAAAUGGAACUUCCCCACCUCAGUAUUUGUGGAGCACACAGGGAGACCAAGGAGACCAGUGGAAGCAUGCUGCAGUUACUGUCCCCUAUCUGAGAAAUCAGCAGUUCAGGAUCCUAUUGCAAGGCAUCAGCACUGGUGGUCAACAAGAAAACAUUGCUGUUGAUGACAUCAGCUUCAACACUGGAGAUUGUCCAUUAGGUAGCUGCAGUUUUGAAGCUGAUAUGUGUUCUUACUCUAAUGUACUUACUGGUGAUGACUUUGACUGGCAGAGAGGCAGUGGGGAAUCAUCAAGUCGCACAUUGGGUCCAUCUACUGACCACACACGCCACACAUCAGCUGGGCACUACAUGUACCUGGAAACUUCUGGUGCCAACCUCACAGCAGGGCAGAAAGCGUGGCUAGUGAGCCAGACUCUGCCGCCUCCUAGAAAUCCAACAGGGGGAUGUCUUUUCUUCUAUUACCACAUGUAUGGGGUGGGAAUAGGCACCUUGAAUGUCUACACACGGUCUGCAUCCACUCAUAACUUGACUCUCAUCUGGUCUCUAAGCGACAACCAGGGCAACAUGUGGAACAAUGGCAGAGCUCCUAUACUGACAAACAACUCAUACGAGAUCAUCUUUGAAGGUGUUUAUGGAGGCAACACUACAGGAGAUAUUGCCAUUGAUGACAUAUCAGUAUCAUCUUAUCGAUGUUUUGGCAUGACCCAACCUACAACUCCUUCAAGUGUUUUAACAUCACCAGUGACAUAUCCACCUACCUCCAUAGACUGUGAUUUUGAGUCAGACAUCUGUAACUGGCAGCAAGACUUUAAUGAUCAGUUAGACUGGGAUGUUGAUGUUGGCAGAAUGUCAUUUUCAGGAACAUGCCCCACUGCUGACCACACAUAUAGUACUGGCCAGGGGCACUUUGCUUAUAUUGAUUCAUCACCUAAUGGUAGAAACAUUACUGGUCGUCUACUAAGCCCAAUCUUAACAGCUGGAGAUCAAGGCGCUUGCUUCAAGUUCUGGUACUACAUGUUUGGAAGUUCCAUCAAACAAUUCUCGCUUCUGGUAGAAAGCAAUAAAACAGUGCAAACACUGUGGACUCGCACAGGAAAUCAAGGCCCACAAUGGAAGUAUAGCCAGAUGCACAUCAACAUUUCUGGAUCUAUGAUAAUCAUCUUAGAGGGACAGCCAGGUUAUGAUGCAGAUGGCUGUACUGCAAUUGAUGAUAUUUCUUUAAACAUUGGCCACUGCCCAGCACAGUCACUUUGUGACUUUGAGGAUGGUCAGUGUGGAUACAGUCAGGCAUAUGAUGAUAAUUUUGACUGGACCUUGAAGGCUGGCAUUGUUAGCACCAGAACCAUUGGCCCCUCCACAGAUCACACUUUUGGAACCCUACAAGGACAUUACAUGUACAUCAGAUCUUCUCUCUAUUUAUCACCUGGCAGCUUUGCACGACUGGACAGUGCCUUGAUGGAUGCAACCUCAGGCUCCUGUUUGCAGUUUUGGUUCAAUAUGCAUGGGUACAAUAUUCAGGGAGCAACAGUGGGGACACUGAAUGUGUACACUCAUAGUGAUGGUGCUCUUAGUAACACCAUUUUCACUCGCACUGGAGAACAGGGCAUUGAGUGGGACAUUGGCCAGGCCACUCUCUACAGUACUGUCCCAUUCAAGGUGACAUUUGAAGGUGUAGUUGGAAAUGGAUUCUUCAACUCUAUCUGUAUAGAUGACAUCACUGUUCAGCCUGGUGUUUGUCCUGGUGAAGGUAACUGUGACUUUGAAGAGAACCUUUGUACAUGGAAGAACACUGCUGUGGGAGAUAACUUUGACUGGCUACAAGGGCAGAACGUAGCAUUGAAAGGUUUCCCAGGCCUGGUUCUUGACCACACAAUGAACACAGCUUAUGGUAUUUACAUGUACGCUGACUCAGCUUUCCCCCUUCUGCCUGGUGAGAAAGCUUGGUUCAUUUCACCUUCUUUUGACAACUCUACAGCUCACUGUCUGACACUAUGGUACUUGAUGGCUACAAAAGGCACCAUUAACAUUAAUGUGUUGAUCUUGUCAACUGGUUAUCAGAGGAAGAUAGUCAGCAUUACACAGGAGGGGACAUACUGGCAGAUGGCAAGAGUGACCAUAGCUAACAUAAAUUCAUCUUACCGCAUUGUAAUUGAAUACAUCAUUGCAAAAGGAUUCAGUGGUGUUGCCAUUGAUGACAUCUCAGUGCAGAUAGGAAACUGCAGUGUAUUGCCCACAGUGUCUCCACAGCAGUGUGCCUUCACCUGUCCUGGAUCAACCACAUGCAUUGCUCGUAACAAAGUCUGUGAUUUUGUUUCUGACUGUCCCCAUGGAGAGGAGGAAACAGCUUGUGGCUACAACUGCAACUUUGACAAUCAGACUUGCCACUGGGUCAGCAACAGUGAAGGAACCUAUGUCUGGACCAAAUACCGUGGUGCUACUCCUGAUUCCAACACAGGACCAGACAGAGAUCACACCACUAACUCUGGCCUGGGCUACUACUUGUACACAGAUGCCUCUAAUGGAACUCGUUAUGACCAGGCUCUUCUUCAGAGCCCACUGUUCCAGAGCUCUUCAGCCACGUGCCAGCUAAGCCUCUGGUACCACAUGUUUGGCAGAGGGGUAGGAGAUCUUUUUGUCAUGAAGGAGGAAGGUAUCACCAGAACAUACCUGUGGAAAACUAGUGGUGACCAUGGCAAUCGAUGGUAUCAGGCAGUCAUUCCAAUUGGAAGAAUGGCCUCACCUUUUACUCUGAUAAUUGGAUCCACAAGAUCCUUUAAUGUUCUUGGUGACAUUGCUAUUGAUGACAUUUUUUUCCAGCACUGUUCCUUCCCAGAACCAGCCACCAGCUGCACAGCAUACAGCACCUUCAGAUGCCUCAGCCAGGCUUGUGUUCCAACACAGAAUGUAUGUGACUUUGUUGAUGACUGUGGAGAUGGUACUGAUGAACUUGACUACACCUGUGAUGAUUAUAUUCGCUGUGACUUUGAAACAAGCAUGUGUGGGUGGGAUCAAGAUGUUACAGACAAUCUGGACUGGAUUAGACAUGCAGGCCCCUCUCCUACACCAUACACUGGCCCUUUAUACGACCACACCCUGGGUACCAGUACAGGACAUUACAUCUAUGUACAAAGCUCUGACCCUCACCAAGAAGGAGCCACAGCCAGGAUUAUUAGCCGUGCCUUUCAAGCUUCUGUGUCAGCUCCAUACUGUCAAUUGAAGUUUUUCUGCUACAUGUAUGGCAGGACAACAGGCAGUAUGACAGUUUACACUCGAAAUUCUUUCAAUGGUCCGCUUGUUAAAAGGUUCAGCAGAUCUGGUGAGAUAGGCAAUUACUGGGUGAGCUCUGUCAUACCUAUCUAUGACACAAAGCCUUUCCAAAUCAUAAUAGAAGCAAUAUUGCACAAUGCUUCUUUGGGAGACAUAGGAAUAGAUGACACCAUUUUCAAUCCAGCAUGCAAACUUCUGACAACAGACUUUCCCAUAGGCACACCAGGUUUUUCAGUCACUACACCUUCACCUUGUGGUGACCCCAGUGUUUACUAUCAAUGUUUAAAUGCUUCAAGUUGUAUAUCCAGAACUCUGGUGUGUGAUUUUGUUACCCAAUGUACUGGUGGUUCAGAUGAAGCCAACUGUGGGACAUGUGAUUUUCAGCAAGGUAUGUGUGGUUGGCAGGACAUCAGUGUUGAUAAGUAUGUGUGGGAACGACACAAUGGCUCCACAGCUUCUGCCAUUUCAGGCCCAAACGCAGACCACACCACAGGGAAGACCACUGGAAACUAUAUUUAUGUAGACUCAACUGCAACAGAUGACUAUGGGAAGGCAGUAAUGGUAUCACCCAUGUAUGGUGCCAUUGGUGCUGGUUGUGAAAUCAGUUUCUGGGUGCACAAGAAGACUUUUGCAUACCUGAGUCUGUACCUAGUUCCUCCAGGACAGAGUCCAUAUGAUGGCCAGCGUAUUCAAGUGUGGCAAGUUUCAGCAUCUCUGGGCAGUAACUGGACCAGUGCUACAGCUGGUUUAGGGCCACAUCCCCCUGGUUACAGGCUUGUUUUUGAAGGUAUUUUUGGCACAACAGAUGGUGACAUUGCUCUUGAUGACAUUUCAUUCAGUCCCAGCUGUGCUGUUGGGUCUUACAUGAGUAUAUGUGCAUCAGACCAGUAUCACUGUGAUAACCACAUUUGUGUAGACAAGACCAGGGUUUGUGAUUUUGCUAAUGACUGUGGAGACAACUCGGAUGAAAAAAACUGCUCUAGCUAUGUUGAGCGUUGCAACUUUGAGGUGGAUUUGUGCAAUUGGAUUCAGGAUCAGACAGAUGUAUUUGACUGGACCCGAAAAUCAGGGUCUACCACCACAACAGGCACUGGCCCUGACAGAGAUCACACAUUAGGUACUGAGACUGGAACAUACUUGUACUUGGAGAGUUCGAACAGAAAACCUAAUGACACAGCCAGGUUAAAAAGCCUAAUUUUCCAGCCAGCAUCAGAAGGUCAGUGCUACAUGCGAUUUUUUCAUCACAUGCUUGGGAAGGACAUCAAUGCUCUUAACAUCUACAUAGAAGGAGCAGAACAAGGCUCGAGAGCACUGCUGCUGUCUAUUCAUGGUCAGCAGGGUGAUGAGUGGCGCAAGACCAUCCUCAGCAUUGUUAGUGCAUAUAACUUUAGGAUUGUGAUUGAAGGGACAACAGGGGCCAGUGACCUUGGUGACAUAGGCUUGGAUGAUAUCUCUUUCACACCAGGCUGUCAUCUGGCAGCAGGCCUAAGUCUUCCACCAUUUGUAGCCAGCACCACUUUGCCUGGCAACAACAGUCAGUGUCUAGCAGGAACAUUUUUCUGUGGUUUCGACUCACAGUGUUAUCCAGAUAUUUUUAUCUGUGACUUUAAUCCUCAGUGUGAAGAUGGUUCAGAUGAAACUCAAUGUGCUUCAGUUUGUGAUUUUGAGACACAAAAUGUCUCUAUGUGUGGGUGGACCAAUCAGCCUGAAGGCAAUGCAGCAAACUGGAUUUUAAGGACCCCUGUGUCCUUAGGUUACCCUGCUGUAGAUCACAAUCCAGGAACAGCUUCAGGACAUUUUGUUUCAGCUGUAUUUCCAAUCACACAGUCCUUGUAUGGCAAUUCACGACUGGUGUCUCACUUCUAUAGAAAUUCUGGUCGUUUUUGCUCAUUUAAUUUCUGGUAUAUGCACAGUGACUCUGGUGUAAAGAACCUGCUCCUGUUUGUGAGGUCUGGUGGUAUAGAUCAACAAAUCUGGGCCCUGCCUUCUGCACAACCUGCUCCAAAUAUCUGGCACAAUGCUACUGCAUUUAUUCCAUUUUGUGUAUCAGAAUUUCAGCUUGUCUUUGAGGUGCAGGGGCUGAGAAAUGGUUAUGCUGCCCUUGAUGAUUAUUCUUUUGAGAACUGUGGAGUGCCUGUUUGGAGCAUGCCCCCAGAUGGUUGUGAUGCUAUGACAUUUACAUGGGAGUUUGAGUGUCAAAGUGGGCAGUGCAUAACUCAGUCUGUGGUAUGUGACAUGCAGUCAGACUGCUGUGAUGAAACUGAUGAGUCUAUUUACCAGUGCUAUGCAUAUAAGAAAAUUGAUUUUGAGCAAGGCUUUGAUGGCUUUGUGCAGCUGACUGAUGACAAUUUUAAUUGGACACGUCAUCGGGGUCCAACAGAGACAUCAGGGACGGGUCCCUCACAAGAUCACACAACUGAUUCUACAUCUGGAUACUAUUUAUAUAUUGAGUCUUCCCCUCCACAGCAGCUGAAUGACAAAGCUCGUCUAGCUUACUAUCUACCAGCACCCACUCCUGGUUUGCAGUGUAGCAUGCGUUUGUGGUACUACAUGAAUGGAGCACAUUCAGGGAGCCUUAAUAUCUAUAGUCGAGAUGCAUCAGGUAAAACUAUUCUGUAUACAACCUUGUCGUCUGAUCAUGUCAAGCAGUGGCAGAAGUCAGAGGUCAAAUUUGACACACAGCAACCAUUUGCAGCAAUCAUAGAAGGAGUUGUAGGGGUGGGGUACCUAAGUAUCAUAGCAAUUGAUGAUGUCUCUUUCACACCUGGCUGUGGCAUAGGAUCACCUACCCCUCCUCCAACACCAUCUACAGCAGUGACACAGUCCUCCACUUCCUCACCUUUCCCACCAUGCCAAGCUGGUCAGUUCCAGUGUGCAUCCACUGGCAUGUGCAUCUCAGGAGAAAACGAGUGUGACUUUAACACAGACUGUCCUGAUAACAGCGAUGAAAUGUUGUGUUUUACCAUUGGUACCUGUACUUUCUCAACCUCUGUCUGUGGGUGGACAGAAUACAUUCCAGAUUCAAUGGACUGGCAGCGUGUGAGGCCUAGUGAUAUUCACAAUGUCAUAACUGCCCCACAGAAAGAUGGCGAUGGGUCAAGCAAUGGCUAUUUCCUGUACUUACAGGACACUCAAAAUGGUAACACCAAUGGCCAGACAGACAGACUAAUGAGUCCAGUGUAUAGCAGGUGUGCUGGAGAAUGCAAGAUUCAGUUCUCAUACUUCAUACAGGGAUCUAACGCAGGAGCUCUAGCUCUCUCAAUCUGUUCAUCUUCUACGAACAGUACUCUGUGGCAAUCAGUCAGCACUACAUCAGAUCAGUGGGUCACAGAAAUUGUUGGAAUUGACCGAAGGAAAGACAAGUUCUCUCUUCAGUUUGAACGUUUAGAUUCAUCAAACAUUUCAGGAACUAUUGCCAUUGAUAACAUUAAGUUUUCUAACUGUGAACUACCAGUUCCUGUUUCAGAGUGUCAAGCUGACUUGUUCACUUGUACAAACCAUGCUUGCAUUGACAACAAUCUCAUCUGUGAUCAUAUGGAUGACUGUGGAGAUAAUUCUGACGAAACUUACCAUGUGUGUGCUCAGUAUAAAAUGUAUGACUUUGAUGAAAACCCAAAUAAUCUUGGUGAUUUAACUCAGGGGCUGGAUUACAUUGAUGACCAGCAAGACUGGUCACUGUACAAAGGAAACAAUGCACCUGGCCUUCCCACCAUGGACCACACAACAGGCACACAGAAUGGACAGUACAUCUACCUAUGGGCUUCCAGCAUAACUCACUUUGGUGACAGAGCAUGGCUGAUAUCUGUACCCUUCCAAGCCUCUACCUCAGACAAACCUUGUUCACUGCACUUCUUUUACUAUAUUUAUGGCAGCAAUGGACAUCAGAUCAACAUUAAAUACCGUACCCAUCGCAAUGGACCAGCUGACAAAGUGGUAUGGUCAGUGAGUGGCAGCUAUGGAGCCGUAUGGCAGAGAGCAUCCACACAGAUUAGUGUCUCCCAGCCAUUCCAGGUCAUCAUUGAAGGUCAGCUAAGGGGCAGCAGCUAUGGUGUAGCCAUUGAUGACCUUUCCCUCAGCCCUGGCUGCUCUGUCAGUGACAAUCCAUUGCCAGCACUACCAGUAACCCCACCCACCACACCUCCUCCAGCCUGUACAAGCAACCAGUACUUAUGUAUCAUCAACAGGAUGUGCAUCAGCAACAGGAGUCGAUGUGAUGGUGUCAGUGAUUGCCCUGACUCCUCUGAUGAACUUGGCUGUGGCUGCAGCAGUGAUCAAUUUAGAUGUGGUAAUGGUUUGUGCGUCGACUCCAACAAAAAAUGUGAUGCAGCCAAUGACUGUGGUGAUGAGAAUGCAUCAGAUGAAAAUGAUCCAGACUGUGUCUUGUACCUGCGCUUCAAUUUUGAGAGUUCCAGUUUUGGUGAAUUUACCCAAGGUCACACAGGCAUAGAAGAUAAGACUGACUGGCAGAUUGGGCAAGCAAGCAGUAUGUCAUUCUCAGGACUUCCACAUACAGACCACACCACUGGGAAAUCCUCUGGACAUUUCUUGUUCGCAAGGUCUCACAACCCUGGAGACACAGCCUGGCUCAUUUCUCGACCAUUUGGAGCCACAGCAAGACAGAACUGCCAGAUGAAGCUUUUCUUCUACAUCUUUGGCAGCAGUGUACAUCAUCUCAGCAUCCUGUACCGCACACACAAUGCUGGGCCUCCUGAUGGGCAGAUCUGGACAAGUGCUGGUCAGCAGGGCCCCAACUGGCUGGAAGCCUCACCCCUCAUUAGUAUUGACACACCUUUCCAGAUUAUUAUUGAAGCAUAUGUGGCCAUGGCCAAUCAAGCCAUUGCUAUUGAUGAUGUGUCUUUUACACCUGAUUGCCGACACAGUGUCACUAACUUGCCACCACAGCUACUUGCCACAACGGUGAAACCAGUGACUUCAGGAACAAACAUAUGUGAUCACACAGAACUGGAGUGUGAUAACAGGCGACAGUGUUAUGCCAAGGCACAGCUGUGUGAUAACAAGAAUGACUGUCUUGAUGGAAGUGAUGAAGCAAAAUCCAAGUGCUCCUGUUAUUCUGGAUUCUGUUUCAACGGUGGUCAUUGCUUGGUGAAAGUUGGUGCAGGACCAACGUGCAUCUGUGCCAGCAACUACACUGGCAUUUACUGCAAUACACCAAGAGGUCCUGGUCAGUCAAGACAACAAAGCAGAAGUGAGAGCUGGGCAGUACCUGUGGGUGUGACUUUUGGGCUGCUUGGUGUUGCAGCAACUCUUGGAACUGCUGUGUAUCUUGUCAGAAGAAACAGGGGAUCUGGCCUCAGGCUUCCACUUGCAUUCUGGCGCCAGCACUGGACCAGAAGAAGUAGCAUCACCACUAAUCCCAUUUUUGACUAUGGAACAGAGGAUACUGAUCAUCCUGUAAAUGAGGUAGAGAUGCCAGUUGUCCAAGACUUACAAGACUCUAUUAGUCAUGAUCAUCAAGACUUGAGCAGCUCUUCUGGGCUGGAUCAACAGAUAAAUACAUUGGCCUCAACUGACAGUCCCUUCAGAACAGAUACGCAAGAGGGGCGACAUUUAAAUUUUGUACCAUCCUUUCUUUGGAUGGCACUCACAAUCACCACAAAAAAAAACCCCCAAACAACAACUUUGGCGCCAUAUAGCAUGCAAGAAUGGAGCAAAACAUCAGUUAUGAAAUACCUGGAAAAAUCUCAGUCUCAGUAUGACUGCACUUUUGAGACUGGCUACUGCUCCUGGAUACAGGAUACCUCUGAUCAACUCAACUGGAUUCACACUCAAGGAACAACUAGAAAUCAAACAACAAGACCCACUGUGGAUCAUACAUUAGGCAACAAAAGUGGUUGGUACAUUCUUAUAGAAUCAGCAGUUGUUCAAGGGACCAAUAGUACAGCACGCCUGAUAUCUCCACAGAUUCCAGCCAACUCUCCAUACUGUCUGCAGUUCUGGUAUUACAUGUAUGGUGCUCAUGUUGAUACGCUUACCAUUUAUGUUCAUAGAGGAGGAAGUCCUGACAUACCGCUGUGGACCAAAAGCCAGACUCAAGGCAGCCAGUGGAUCUAUGGGCAGGUGCAGCUGUAUUCUUUUUUCUACUCUGUCAACAUAGUGUUUGAGGCAGUCCGUGGGCCCUUCUUUAAGGGUGACAUUGGGAUAGAUGAUAUCAGAGCUGUGCCAGGAAGCUGUCCUACCACAAGUGGCUUGACAUGUGACUUCGAGGAAGGUUUGUGUGGAUGGGAUCAGAAUACAGAAGACGAUUUUGACUGGACCUUACAUUCUGGUCAAACAACAACUGUGAAUACUGGACCUUCUAAUGACCAUACUCUGGGUACCUCAUCAGGUCACUAUCUGUACAUAGAGACCAGCUCUCCACAAUAUCUUGGACAAACGGCUCACCUUGUCAGUUCCUUGGUAACCCAGACUACCCCACAGUGUAUGCUAUUCUUCUAUAGCCUCAAUGGGGACAAUAUUGGUGCCUUGAACAUCUACAUUAUAUCUGGUGCUGAAUUAACAAGCACUGAUAUUCCAGUAUGGUCAAAAAGAGACAACUUUGGUGAUAUCUGGUUCCCAGGUCAAACAACCAUUAAGGGUUCUUCUUCCUACAGGGUUGUGUUUGAGGGAGUAGUUGGCGCAGGCAAUCUGGGAGACAUAGCUAUUGAUGACAUCAUUGUAAGGAAUGGUAGCUGCUCCCAUCAAGCUAAUAAUAACUUUGAGCAUGGCUUGGGACUGUGGACUAAUCCAAGUGUAGGGGAUAACUUUGACUGGAUGUUAGGACAAGCAUCGCUGGGUGCAACUUUUUCUGGACCAAAAGUUGACCACACACUGGGUACUUCAGAAGGACACUAUCUUUUCGUUGAAUCUUCCAAACCUAUACAAAUCGGAGACAUCGUCUGGCUUCAGAGCCCUGUCAUGGAACCAAAUGUGGCCCUGUGCAUGUCUUUUUGGUAUAUUACAAAUAUUGAUGAUACAGAUGACAUUAAUGUCCUGAUGCAUACUGCAACACCAGCUAACAAAUAUUCAAUCAUAGUCUGGUCACUCAGUGAUUCUGUGUCACCAGGUUGGAUGCCUGGUCGAAUAGCCAUUUACAACAGUGAUCCAUUUUAUAUCAUAAUUGAAGUUAGGAGAGGAGAAAAUGAUCAGGGUGCCACUUCACUUGAUGAUAUCUCAUUCACAGAAUCUGAUUGUAUGGCUGAACCUGAUUUUGCUGAGGAUGGGUUCAGUUUGCCCCCUGUUCCCCAUCAGGCCACUACCACUCCAGUGCCAUCCCCAUAUGAUUGUGACUUUGAAGAAGAUUUUUGUGAGUGGGUUCAAGACACUUCAGAUAAUUUUGACUGGACUAAGAGUACAGGAGCCACCUCAUUUCAAAAUACAGCACCAUUGUUUGACCACACAUUUGGAAACAGGACAGGUCAUUACCUUUACAUUGAGACAUCACUACCACGCCAUGCUAAUGAUACAGCUCGCUUAUUGUCACGUCAGUUGAAUGUCAGUCCAAGUGGAGCUUGCCUACGAUUCUGGUAUAUCAUGUAUGGUCCAUCUGUCAACAGUCUGAAUGUCUAUGUACAAUCUGACACUAUUAUCACUAAAGUGUGGACACGCACUGGCACGCAGAGAAACCAGUGGACAUUUGGUGAAGCCCCAGUUAUAAGCCACUACUCUUAUCAGAUAAUUAUUGAAGCCACUCGUGGGACCACCUUUCUGGGUGACAUUGCAAUUGAUGACCUUAGCUUUUCGGAUAGACUGUGUACAGCUACUGAUACUGCCUAUCUUUGUGACUUUGAAUAUAAGGAGUUGUGUGGUUUUACACAAGACAAAAAUGAUUCCUUUGACUGGACAUGGAGGAUUGCUGGCACAGUUGCAAACUUCACAGGACCCAUUGUUGAUCACACUGAAGGCACAGAUUCAGGUCACUAUAUGUGCAUCGAAUCAAGUGCUCUACGAUACCCAGGUGAACGUGCCCGUUUGGUCAGUCCCAUAUACCCACAGACCACUGGUUCUUGCCUCAGCUUCUACUACAGCAUGUGUAGCUCCAGGAUGGGCACAUUAACUGUUUAUCUAGCAGAAACAGAGCCAACUAUCCCUUACCAUAUUAUCUUCCACAAGUCAGGAAAUCAGGGCUGCAACUGGUUACUAGCAGAGGCUCAGGUUCAGAGCACAACCAGCUUUCAGAUCUACUUUGAUGGUAUUGUUGGCAGCAGAUACUUCAGUGACAUGGCCAUUGAUGAUGUCAGCCUCAAUCAUGGGAGCUGUCAGGGAGAUGGUGCUUGUGACUUUGAAAAUGGAUUGUGCACAUGGACAAAUGCAAGAGAUAUUGACCAGUUUGACUGGAUGAUUGCUCAAGGUGGAAGAAGCAGUAAAUACAUGAAUCCUGACUAUGACCACACUUUUCUUGAUGGAGACGGACACUACCUUUUCAUCGAUCCCAGUAAAUUACUUCUGUAUGGAGAGAAAGCUGUUCUACAGAGUCAGACAUUUGAGGCAACUAGCAGUGGCUGCAUAACCUUCUGGUACUACCUGACUGGGAGUGGAAGCAGCACUCUGUCUGUAGUAAUGUUUACAAUCCCAAGUAACACCACAACCAUGCUGUGGUCUUUGUCUGGGAAUCAGGAGGAUGACUGGUUUUUUGCUGCAGCUCCUAUAAACAGUAGGAACCAACGCUAUGAGAUAUGGAUACAAGGAACAUUUGGUGCCAACUACUUUGGAAAUUUUGCUGUUGAUGACAUAAUCUUCUUAUCUGAUAAUUGUGCAGUAAGCCCAGAAAAUGCCAGUCAAGCCAUUUCAGGAAUGCAGUUAACGUCCCCUACAACGAGCUCUGCUGCUCCUAUUACUAUUGCAUCUACACUAUAUGACUGCACUUUUGAAAGUGGCUUUUGUGAAUGGCAGCAAGCUGUUGAUGACAUUUUUAACUGGACUCGCACUCAAGGACCUUCUGGCAUUCAGUCAGCUGGACCCAUUAAUGAUCACACACUUGGAACUGGUCAAGGAUGGUUUGCUUUCAUUGCACCAUCAGAUAUUCAGCAGCAGAAUGACACAGCACGCUUACUGAGUCCCCAGAUCACAGACAACACUCCCCGUUGUCUUUCCUUCUAUUACCACAUGUUUGGAGCCAGUGUUAAUCUGCUCAAUGUUUACAUGAAGUCAUCAGGUCAGUCGCAUCUUGGAAACCUCAUCUGGCAGAGACAAGGAACACAGGGACUGCAGUGGCUUCAUGCCAAAAUACAAAUCAAGCCUGUAGUGUCAUAUCAGAUUAUCUUUGAAAACAUACAAGGGUCUAGUUAUUCUGGUGACAUUGCUGUUGAUGAUAUCACAUUACCAUCAGGAUUAUGCGAAGUCCUUUUUCCAAAGCAGACCACAGCCUUUAUUUGCGACUUUGAGUCCAGUUCAGAUCCUCUUUGUGGCUUCACUCAAGACACAAAAGACAACUUUGACUGGAAGCAGAGCAGUAGUAGUGUAGCUACCAUAGGAACUGGACCCUUUUCUGAUCAUACUUAUAGCACACCUGCUGGACAUUACCUAUACACUGAAAGUUCUACACUACACCAUAAGAAUGACAGUGCACGUCUGAUCAGUGAGAUGUAUGCUAACCCUGACUCCAUCCAACAUUGCUUGAAUUUUUACUACCAUAUGCAAGGCAGCAACAUUGGCACUCUUAAUGUGUAUGCCAUGGCUGAGAAUCAGCAGCUUUCUGGUCCUGUUUGGACACGCUCCAUUGAUCAAGGAUAUGAGUGGAAACAAGCUGAAGUGACUAUUGGCAUCAUCAGCAGAUUCCAGGUAAUUUUUGAAGCAGUUGCUGGCUCCAGUGCUUCAGGAUAUAUAGCAGUUGAUGACAUCACCAUUAUUGCUGGAGCAUGCCAAGACACAUCUUCCUGUGACUUUGAGGAGGACUUGUGUCUGUGGACUAAUGCUCACGAUGGUUCAGAUAAGUUUGACUGGUUGCGAGUACAAAGCAGCAUCAGCACCCAGUACACUGGUCCCAGUUCAGACCAUACCCAUGGUACUCUGAGUGGUUACUAUAUCUUCAUUGAGACGGAUCCUCCUCGUCUAGAGGGCGAUAAUGCUCGGCUGAUAUCACAAGUGUUCCCAGCUUCUCCUGGCAGAGCAUUCUGCAUCACAUUCUGGUACUAUUUGUAUGGUGAUGACGCUGGAACCCUGUCUGUGUUUGUUGUCAAUAAUGCCUCCCAUGAUACCAUUUACACAGAAGCUGCUCUCUGGCAACAAGCAGGAGACAGUGGUAAAGUGUGGAAUCCUGGCCAUGUUAAUGUCUCCACAAUCUACACACAGAAAUCCUUCCAGGUUAUAUUGGAAGGUGUUAUUGGAAAUGGUUUCAGUGGAAACAUUGCCAUUGAUGAUACUGCAAUAUUUCCUGGAGAUUGUAGUAAUCUGCCUGACUUUUCGAUAAUAUCAGGCGCGAGUGAUCUUUCAUGUCAGUUUGAUGAAAGAACUAUAUGUUCAUGGAAGCAGAGUCCAGCAGAUGACUUUGACUGGACAAUAGCCAGCCAGUCCACACCAACUGCAGGUACUGGACCAGCCACAGACCACACUGGCUCUGGUGGUUCUUACAUCUACCUGGAAUCUUCUCGACCACGUAAGAUUGGUGAUAAAGCAGAUCUUAUCUCCCCUGUCCUGCCUCCUACUUCAGCAGCAGGUAGCUGCUUUAGUUUCUGGUACCACAUGUAUGGGCCCAGCAUUGGAACACUGUAUGUUUAUGCAACAGUCUAUGGUAAAGAGUCCUUACGGUGGACUCGCUCAGGCACACAGGGUAACGAAUGGAAACAAGUCCAGCUGACAAUUAUUAGUGCUGAUGACUAUCAGAUAAUUCUGAGAGGAACAGUUGGUGGUUCACAAGGGGAUAUUGCUCUGGAUGACUUUUCUUUAAUGGAUGAUGACCCCUGCUUAGCAUCAGAUGGAAAGAUGUGUGAUUUUGAGGCAGACAUGUGUGGUUACAGACAGCAGUCCUCUGGUCUGUGGUGGAACUAUACUAAUGGAGAAGGUCACAGUGGAAUUUCAGAUCAUACCUUGAACUCAGAAGAAGGUCACUACAUUACGCUUUCAAGCUCAGGUGGACCAAACGACAAAGCAUCUUUGUUAUCACCUACAUAUGCAGCCUCCUCAGGUGAGUGUCUGCAGUUCUUCUACCACCUUCAUGGCAACAAUGGAGGUUCUUUGAAAAUUCAGCUUCACAUCAGUUCUGGCACAUCUGUCAUCUGGCAAGCCCAAGGUGACCAAGGAGAUCAGUGGAAGAAGGCUCAGGUCACAUUGAAGACCAUCACUAAGUACCAGAUUUCCUUUGAUGGUCAGAUGGGUCCUGGUUCAGGUGAUGUCUCUGUUGAUGACAUCUCUAUCUUGCCCUAUUCCUGCCCACCUCCUGGUUCCUGUGACUUUGAGAGUAGCUUUUGCUCCUUCACAAACUCUCACACAGAUCAGUUUGAUUGGAUACGUGGCUUUGGAGCUACAGCCUCACACUUCACUGGACCUAGCACUGACCAUACAACUGGCACAGUGAAAGGCUACUACAUUUUCAUUGAGAGCAGCAACAACCGUCCUGGUGACAAGGCCCAGCUUGUGAGUGAGAUCCUAGACCCUACUCCAGGGAGCUGCCUUGUGUUCUAUUACAACAUGAAUGGCGCAGGUAUGGGAUCACUGAAUGUCUACCAGGCCACAAACUCCAGCCAGAAGCUGGUCUUCAACCAGACGGGUCAUCAUGGUGAUGUGUGGCUUCAGGGAUCAGCUAUUCUUACCUCUGCCACACCUUACACUGUUAUCUUUGAAGGUGUUAAGGGAGCCAACUACACCAGUGACAUAGCCUUAGAUGACAUUUCUGUGGUAUCGGGUGCCUGUUCUCAGCAGUCAACAUACACAGCUGUUGUUACCACACCAAUACCACCACCUUCAUUGCCUGGCCUGGGAUGUGAUUUUGAAACUGACUUCUGUCGGUGGACACAAGAUAUGACAGACACAUUUAACUGGACACGACAGCAUGCCUCAUCAUCUAGCACAGGACCCAAAUUUGACCACACACAAGGGGACAUCCAGGGGUACUAUGUAUACAUUGAACCCUCUCAGCAUGAUACCAAUGACUCAGCCCGCCUUCGCAGUCCCACAUUCAGCACCUCAGGACCAACAUGUGCAACUUUCUGGUAUCACAUGUAUGGCAUCAAAGUGAACCAGCUAAACUUGUACCUUGGGAGCCCUGGACAACUGGGUAGCAGAAUCUGGACAAGGUCUGGCAGCCAGGGCUUCAUGUGGCUGUAUGCAGAGGUUGAAAUAGGAGCUGUUUCUACUGCACAACUUACAUUUGAAGCUGUUUGUGGCAAGGACUAUGUGGGAGAUAUAGCACUGGAUGACAUCAGCAUACUGAAUGGCUCCUGCCCUGCACCAGCAUUUUGUGACUUUGAAGAUACGCAGACUUGUGGAUUUGUGCAAGAUACUGAUGACAAGUUUGACUGGUCACUUAACUGUGGAUCAAUUCCAGCUUCAGCCUCAUGUCCUGCAGGUGAUCACACAUAUGGCUCUGAGCAAGGUCACUUUAUGUACAUGCGAACAACCAGUCCACAACAGUCUGGUGAUGAAGCACACUUGCUGAGCAAGCCAUACAGUCCUACCUAUGGUAGCUGCCUCUCUUUCUGGUAUUACAUGGAAGGAACAUCUGUGGGUAUACUGUAUGUCUACAUCAGGAUUGUAGGACAGCCAUUACAAACUGAAUCAACAUUGUGGUCAUUAAGUGAUGACCAAGGUCCACAGUGGCAUUUGGCUAUCAUCAACAUUAAAAGUAUUGAGAGAUUCCAGGUGGAAUUCGUAGGAUUUGUUGGGGAUGGCACCUCGGGUGGCAUUGCAUUGGACGAUAUCCUUUUGAUGCCUACAAGCUGCCUUGAGCUGACAGACUGUGAUUUUGAGCAGGGUGGUAUCUGCAGCUGGACUCAGAGUAGCAGUGAUGACUUAGACUGGCUCGUAAACAGUGCAGAAAUAGGUUCUUUGGACUCUGGACCUGCAAGUGACCACACAACUGGUAAACAAAGUGGUGAUUACAUCUAUCUGAAAGCAAGCCAUACUGGAGGUACAGCAGAGCUAAUGUCUCAGUCAAUCUCCUACAACCCUGAUUACCUCUACUACUGUUUUACAUUUUGGUACUGCAUGCAAGUUUCUACAACUGCUACUCUCUCUGUCAAAUGGUACCGACUUGAAUCAGAUCCCACCAUUGGUAUUUUUCUUAAUGGCAGCCAAGGAAACACCUGGAUUGAAGAGUUUAUGGAUGUAUUUGUGGAAUCAUCUUCUUUCACAAUGACUGUAACUGGAACAAUUGGAAAUGGUGGCCACAAUGUCAUUGUACUAGAUGACUUCAAACUUUAUCCUUUCAAAUGCUCAGAAGUCAAACAGAUGAUUGCUGUUUCUAGUCUCUUCAUGUGUAAUGAUGCAGCUAACACAACAGUUACACAAGACAAAGUCUGCAACUUUAUCAGGGACUGCCCACCACCAUAUCUGGAUGAAGUCAGCUGUGGUGACUGUAGCUUCCAGAACAGUUACUGCCAGUGGAUAGAAAACAGUAGCAGCAUUUGGCAGUGGACACUGGGCAGUGGCCAGUCUCACCCUAACCAUUCUGCUCCUAUGUAUGACCACAAUGGCAGCCCAAUAGACAGUUUCCUAUACCUAACUAGAGGCUUUGGUACACAGAGUACUUUCUCUGACAUGUACAGUGUUCUUUUCGGUCCUUGCAGCUCAACAUGUCAAAUAUUGCUGUUUUUUUACAUUUCUGGGCAAGCCUCUGAAGCUAGAGUCUUGCUGGAACAAGGUAAUGAAGAGACAGUUCUAUGGACAACAAAUGGACGAGAUACUGACAAAUGGGUGCAAGCCACAGUUUAUGUUCUACGCAUUGCAACAUCAUUCAGGAUACACAUUCAGGGAUAUGCUGAUCCAACUUCUCCAUUUCAUAGCACUGUGGCUGUAGAUGAUAUUCAGUUUAUUAAUUGCAAUUUUCCAGUACCAGGAAACUGUGACAGCAGUCAGGAUCUCUUCCAGUGCAAGAGCACUGCCUGCAUCCCCAUAAUGAAAGUUUGUGACUUCACUGACGACUGUGGUGAUGGCAGUGAUGAAGUUUCUUGUGACACUUAUCCAUCACGCACAGACUUUGAGCAAAGCCUCGGUAUCUGGUACAAUGACCAUUCUGGAUCAGAUAAUUUUGACUGGACCCGUAUACAUGGUUCAACCAGUACAAGCAGCACUGGCCCUUCCCGUGACCACAGUAGAGGAACUUCCACUGGUUACUAUGUCUAUAUAGAGAGUUCUGUACCUAGGAAACCAGGUGAUAAAGCUUGGCUUGUGAGCAGUGAUGCCUUUAACCCAACAUUGGGAUCUACAUGUGUACUGCGUUUCUACUACCAUAUGUAUGGAGCAAACAUUGGUAGUCUUAAUGUGUAUACCCGUGUGUCCCUUCUUGGGGACUUGAGACAGAUUCUGUCUCUUUCUGGAAGUUAUGGUGAUGCAUGGAUGCGAAGAGAUGUCACAUUUCAUGAGACUGAUUUAUUCCAGAUUAUAAUUGAAGGAGUCACUGGAAAUGGUGACCAAGGAGACAUUGGCAUCGAUGAUAUCAGCAUGACAUCAGGCUGUCAAGUGUCUAAUGAUGCAUUCCCCACUGGCUCACCUCCUCUACCUACUCAGCCUGUUCCCUGUUCAGCAAAUCAAUUUGCUUGUGAUGGCAACCGCUGCAUUUCACGGACCCAAGUGUGUGACUUCCAGCAGCAGUGCAGUGAUGGCAGUGAUGAGCUAAUGUGUGGUGACUGCACAUUUGAAAAUGACCUCUGUGGAUGGAGGGACCAUAGCACAGGACAGUUUGCCUGGAUCAGGAUGUCUUCUAAUGACAGUGCAUCAACUGGUGGCCCUACUUCUGAUGCAGAUGGCUUGGCAGGAGGUGGACAGUACAUGCUAGUUCAGCCCACUAUGGGUGUGACACAGGACCGUGCAAGACUGGUGUCUCCUGUGUUCAAUGCUUCUGGUACCACGUGUCACCUGAGUUUUAAAUAUCACUUGUUUGGUGAUAGUGCAGGUAGCCUUAUGAUUCUUCUCCAGAAAGCAGUGGAUAUCAACACAGACACUGGUAUUGGUUUGUGGCACUACACAGGCAAUGCUGGCAACACUUGGCACUUGCAUUCUGUUGACAUAGGGCAGAUAGACUUUCCCUUUGUGAUUACAUUUGCUUCACUACCAAAUCCUGGGUUUGGUUCAUUUAAUGUGGCAGUGGACGACAUUAAUUUUGAGGAUUGCCAGUCUGGUCUCAUUCUUAAUGGCACAGAUUUCAGUAUUAACUGCACAUUCGACUUUGGAAUGUGUGGUUUUUUUCAAGUCCACAUGGAUGACUUUGACUGGAUCUGGAGUAACCAGAGUACACCAACAGUAGGAACUGGGCCUGAUCGUGACCACACCUCAGGCACAGGAUAUUAUGUGUACAUUGAGACAUCACCACCUCGGAAACCUGGUGAUGUAGCUGACCUGUCAUCAGGUCUGCAGCCACCAACAGGUCCUAUGGGAAUGUGUCUAAUUUUCUGGUAUCAUAUAUAUGGUGCUCAUGUGGAAACACUCAAAAUCUUCCUGCAGCAAGAGUCAAAUCGUACACUAUUAUGGAGUCAGUCAAACACACAGGACAAUGUCUGGCGACAAGGCAUGCGUCUCAUCAUCAGUCAUCAGGCUUUCAAGAUUGUCUUUGAAGGAACAGUGGGUGUAAGCUACCUGGGUGAUAUUGCCAUAGAUGAUGUCUCACUCAUGGAUGGCCCCUGUCCUCAUUUGUCAGAUUGUGACUUUGAGAUAGAUUUCUGUGACUACACCCAGAACACAGAUGAUCAGUUUGACUGGAUUCGUCAAGCAAACAUCACUUCAUCUGGUGGGACAUGCCCAUUCACAGAUCAUACCACAGGCAAUGGGAAUGGCUUCUUUGCGUGCAUCAACACUUCAGCCCCACAUCAUCCAGGUGACCGUGCCAUCAUCACUAGUUCUGCUAAUCAGCCAUCUGCAGUCAGCCAGUGUUUAACUUUUUGGUACUUCUUGUCUGGCAAUAAUGUUGGUCAACUUAAUGCAUAUAUUAUUUCAAACGGAAUUCGUCCAUUAUCACCUGCAUUUAGUCAGCAGCAAGGCCAAUAUCAGAACUGGAUUCAGGCUUCCAUCACUUUGCAACAACAGUCUGCUCCAUGGCAGAUCAUGUUUGAAGGCAUUGUUGGACAAGGUGAUGCAGGGUGCAUCGCCAUUGAUGAUGUAAAUGUACAAGAAGGUAACUGCCUUCCACCUGGCACCUGUGACUUCGAGAUUGAUACCUGUGGCUACAUCAAUGUUCAGGGCUUGGAUGACUUUGACUGGCUUCGUUCAACAGGCAGGACUGUUGUUGCUGGCACUGGUCCGGCAAUUGACCAUACGUCUGACUCUGAUGCAGGUUUUUACAUGUACAUGGAAACAAGCUAUGACAAUCUAGGGCAACGUGCACAAUUGUACAGUUCUCCCAUCCCUCCAAGCCCUUUGAUUUGCAUCAGCUUCUGGUAUCACAUGUAUGGCCAAAAUGAGGGUACCCUGCAUGUGCAUCUGGUGCAACCUGAACAGACUGUGAAUCUUGUAAACAUCACAGGAGACCAGGGCAAUUUUUGGCACUACUGGGAGAUCUCUACAGGCUGUAACUUAUACUGCUGGCUGAAGUUUGAAGGCACGGUAGGUAAUGGAAUCAGAGGAGAUAUUGCUAUUGAUGAUGUGUCAGUGAGACAAGGAAACUGUACUGGUCCACCUUCUGCCACUGACACUCCUGGAAUUUCAGAAACAACGUAUCCUCCAACAAAGUACGACUGCACCUUUGAUCAAGCCAACAUUUGCACAUGGACUCAGGACACCACGGACUACUUAAACUGGACCCUGCACCAUGGUGCAACAACAACACUCUUAACAUUACCUAGCUAUGACCACACACAGCAAAACUCAGAUGGUUACUAUAUAUACACUGAAGCUUCCAACCAGCCGGCAAAUUCCACCGCCCGCAUCAUCAGCCAGAGUAUGACCAUAAGUGAUGUUGGUACAUGCAUUCACUUCUGGUUCCACAUGUAUGGCACCAAAAUUGGAACUCUUAAUGUUUAUGCUCAGCAAGGCCAGAACCUGGGAAGCGCCAUCUGGACAAGAUCAGGUGAACAAGGAGACAAGUGGAUCAGUGCAACUUUGUUCCUCACACCCCAAGCUCUGUCCCCUCCUCAGAGUCAGCCAACUGUUGUGCAGAUCGUCUUUGAAGGUGUGCUUACUGGGGGUUACCAAGGUGAUAUAGCACUGGAUGAUAUAUUCUUCAAUGAUGGCAACUGUCCUAGAUCAGUGACAUGUGAUUUUGAGUCGGAAGACAUCUGUGGGUACAUUCAAGAAGCAAGUGGCAGUUAUGACUGGACCAGACAAAGGGGUCACACACCAAGCACAGGAACAGGGCCAGCCACAGAUCAUACCUAUGGCACAAUGAGUGGAUACUACAUGUAUACAGAAGCAUCUGGUGCAAAUCCUGAUGAGACUGCCAGCCUGUUGAGUCCUGUCCAGCCUGCCACAACAGGAAAGUGCCUGCACUUUUACUACCACAUGAGUGGAACAGGUAUGGGAACACUCAUGGUGUCCAUCAGAGCAGAGACUGUAAACACCAUCCUCUGGCGCCGCUUUUCAGAUCAGGGUGAUGUGUGGCAUGCAGCGCAGGUCUCCAUCAACUCUAACUUUCAGUACCAGGUAGCAUUUCAAGCUGUUCGAGGCAGCACUUCAUUAAGUGAUAUAGCCAUUGACGACAUACAGCUGCUCAAUGGACUCUGUCCACCGCCAGCCUCAUGUGACUUUGAACAGGGACAGUGUGCAUGGAGCAACGACAACACUGAUGAUAACUUUGACUGGAUUCGCUCUCAGGGCUCCACAAUCACUGCAAAUACUGGCCCUACAAGUGACCACACUCUGCAGAACAUUAAAGGUCACUACAUGUACAUAGAGGCAUCUCAGCCAAGGAAACCAGGAGACAAAGCUCGACUGCACUCAGAGAUUCUGAACAACAGUUCACAUCCCCAGUGCCUCACCUUUUGGUACAGCAUGCAUGGUGCUGGCAACGGUGCUCUUUCUGUGUACAAGAACCUAGUCACUGGAACGUCAGGACUUAUUCAUCUCUGGACACUGAGUGGAGACCAGGGAGCUCAGUGGCAGAAAGCCUCAGUCCCCGUUAAAGACAACCAAGAAGAAUUUAUGCUGGUCUUUGAGGGAGUGGUUGGCAGUUCCUACCUCGGUGACAUGGCCAUUGAUGAUAUCAAUCUGAAAGAUGGAGACUGCUCUUCUAGUCAGCCAUCAACAUUUACCUGCAAAAAUCAGCAGACUGUGACUAGUGAUAAAGUGUGUAACUUUGUGAAGAACUGUUCUGAUGGCAGCGAUGAGAUUCAGUGUGGAAACUGUACUUUUGAUGCAGAUCUUUGUGGAUACAUUGACAUAAGUCAAGGUUCAUUUAGGUACCUGCGUACCAGUAAUGCUACAUCAACAAAGAGUCUUCCAAUUCCAUUUGACCAUUCUUACAACAAAAGCAAUGGAUACCUGCUGUAUGUGGACACAAGCCAAGGAACUUUCAACUCUUUGGCCACAUUAGCAAGUCCUGUACUUCAUCAGUCUUCUCCAGCCUGCCAGCUGUAUUUCUACUACUUCAUCAUUGGUAGUGCUGGUGCUGGUCAGCUUCAGGUCUCUGUCAUGACUGGAGACACCAAAACCAUUGUCUGGCAGCUCCGUACCAGCUCUGUUACUAACCAGUGGCUUCUUGCUGUGGCAGACAUAGGUGCUUUUAAUGGAGACUUCCAGAUUUACAUAGAAGCCAAGAGAUUUUUGUCAUAUGGCAGCCUUGUCAUAGAUGAUGUUCAGCUCCUUAACUGUGGAUACCCACCCCCACAAGCAUAUUGCCCUCCUGGUUCCUUUCAGUGCCAGAUGGGAUUGUGUAUUAACAAGGAUCAAGUGUGUGAUGGGGAGAAGGACUGUGGUCAGCAGGAUAAUAGUGAUGAAGCCACCUGUACGGCUGCCCACAUGUGUGACUUUGAGCACUCACUCUGUGACUGGGCUCAGGAUGUCACAGAUGAUUUUGACUGGAUAAUCAUGAGUGGUCAGACCCCAACUCCAGACACAGGUCCCUUUCAUGACCACACAACAGGUCUUGUGACAGGACAUUAUGUUUACACAGAGUCUUCUGCACCACGUCGCCCUGGUCAAAAGGCAAGACUACUUAGUCCAGUAAUCCAGCCUACUACAGCCAGUGACAACUGCUAUCUUGUUGUCUACUACAAUAUGAACGGUAGAACUAUGGGUGACUUUAAUGUCUACAUGCAAACAUCAUCCAAUGGUUACCCUAGCACUUUGAUUCAUCGCUCAGGUGACCUUGGUCCUGUGUGGGUGCGAGAUUCACGACUUCUUGUUUCUGCUCAACCAUUUUCUCUUAUAGUUGAAGGUGUUAUUGGCCCUAGCUAUUAUAGUGACUUAGCUGUGGAUGACAUUGUGUUGUCAGCAGGCUGUAGAUUUUCACAAAAUACUCUUCCUACAGCUGGUUACACGGUAACUGACACAACCCCCAGAGUUUGUGCAUCGAGCCAGUACCAGUGUGCAAACGGUGACUGCAUAGACCAGUCUCGUUACUGUGACUUCUCCAAGGAUUGUUCAGAUGGCUCUGAUGAGUUGACAUGUGGCGUCUGCAAUUUUGAGGCAGGACUGUGUGGCUACAAAGAUUUAAGUGUUGGACGCUACAACUGGACACUGAGCUACCCAGCUUUGAUGGGGGUGGUGGGCCCAGCUUCAGAUCACACUCUGGGAAAUAGACAGGGUCACUAUGCUUACGUGGAGGGUGACAGAGGAGUGUUUCAACAAGUAGCCAGACUGCAAAGCCCUCCAUUGCCAGCACUUUCUACUAACUGCAUUAUAACCGUCUUCUACUACGUUUCAAGUCACCAGUUUGGUUCCUUCCUAGUGGGAAUAACUGUUAAUGAUUCAUUUAGACCCAUAUAUAUUUUGCCUUCUAAUGUUGAGCUAGACUGGCAGUCCCUAAAUGUGUACAUAGGCAGAUUAGGUGGUCUGCCAGCAGGCUCUCAUCUUGAGUUCCAUGUAAUGCCCAUCCUUGGAGCUCUUGUCAACAACUCUGCUGAUGUGGCAAUAGAUGAUAUUACCUUUACCUACUGCAAUCCAAGACAGCUACCCCCCACUGUCAGCUGCACAUUUGAGACAGGAUUCUGCGUCUGGAACCAGAGCACUAAUGACCAGAUGGACUGGUUAAGGCGCCAGGGCUCAACACCAACAGCGCACACUGGCCCAUCUGGUGAUCAUGCGACAGGUGCAGGUUACUACGCAUAUAUUGAAACAUCACCACCAACAAGACCAGGUGAUUCAGCAGUCCUACAAACUCCGUGGCUUCCACCUACUGAUUCUGCAGGUUACUGUCUGACUUUCUGGUAUUACAUGUUUGGGUCAACUGUAGGUAAUCUUACACUCAGUUUAUUGAUGCCACAUAGUGUGCAGACAUUGUGGUCUAAGCGUGGACCUCAGGGUGACCAGUGGAGACAGGCCCAUCGCACUAUCAUUUCCACUGUAGAGUACUCCCUCUUCUUCCAGGCUUCUUCAGGUGGUUAUCUUGGAGACAUUGCAAUAGAUGACAUCUCAGAAUUGAGGGGACCUUGUCCUCCUACACCAUCUUGUGACUUUGAAGAGGACACAUGUUCUUGGACACAGAGCAGCAUGGGUAAUAUCAACUGGACCCUAGGCACCAAUGGUUCCACAGCCAUGGGAACAGGACCAAGACUAGAUCACACAUUUGGUUCAGACUCAGGCCACUUUUUGUUUCUACAUGGAAGUAAAUCAGGUGACCAGGCAUUCCUUGCCAGCACAUUACUUAACAGUGUUUCAUUAUUUUGUGUACAGUUCUGGUAUUACAUGCAUGGACAACAUACAGGGUCACUGAAUAUAUCUGUCACUAUAAAUGGAACUUCCCCACCUCAGUAUUUGUGGAGCACACAGGGAGACCAAGGAGACCAGUGGAAGCAUGCUGCAGUUACUGUCCCCUAUCUGAGAAAUCAGCAGUUCAGGAUCCUAUUGCAAGGCAUCAGCACUGGUGGUCAACAAGAAAACAUUGCAGUUGAUGACAUCAGCUUCAACACUGGAGAUUGUCCAUUAGGUAGUUGCAGUUUUGAAGCUGAUAUGUGUUCUUACUCUAAUGUACUUACUGGUGAUGACUUUGACUGGCAGAGAGGCAGUGGGGAAUCAUCAAGUCGCACAUUGGGUCCAUCUACUGACCACACACGCCACACAUCAGCUGGGCACUACAUGUACCUGGAAACUUCUGGUGCCAACCUCACAGCAGGGCAGAAGGCGUGGCUAGUGAGCCAGACUCUGCCGCCUCCUAGAAAUCCAACAGGGGGAUGUCUUUUCUUCUAUUACCACAUGUAUGGGGUGGGAAUAGGCACCCUGAAUGUCUACACACGGUCUGCAUCCACUCAUAACUUGACUCUCAUCUGGUCUCUAAGCACCAACCAGGGCAACAUGUGGAACUAUGGCAGAGCUCCUAUACUGACAAACAACUCAUACGAGAUCAUCUUUGAAGGUGUUUAUGGAGGCAACACUACAGGAGAUAUUGCCAUUGAUGACAUUUCAGUAUCAUCUUAUCGAUGUUUUGGCAUGACCCAGCCUACAACUCCUUCAAGUGUUUUAACAUCACCAGUGACAUAUCCACCUACCUCCAUAGACUGUGAUUUUGAGUCAGACAUCUGUAACUGGCACCAAGACUUUAAUGAUCAGUUAGACUGGGAUGUUGAUGUUGGCAGAACGUCGUUUUCAGGAACAUGCCCCACUGCUGACCACACAUAUAGUACUGGCCAGGGGCACUUUGCUUAUAUUGAUUCAUCACCUAAUGGUAGAAACAUUACUGGUCGUCUACUAAGCCCAAUCUUAACAGCUGGAGAUCAAGGCGCUUGCUUCAAGUUCUGGUACUACAUGUUUGGAAGCUCCAUCAAACAAUUCUCGCUUCUGGUAGAAAGCAAUAAAACAGUGCAAACACUGUGGACUCGCACAGGAAAUCAAGGCCCACAAUGGAAGUAUAGCCAGAUGCACAUCAACAUUUCUGGAUCUAUGAUAAUCAUCUUAGAGGGACAGCCAGGUUAUGAUGCAGAUGGCUGUACUGCAAUUGAUGAUAUUUCUUUAAACAUUGGCCACUGCCCUGCACAGUCACUUUGUGACUUUGAGGAUAGUCAGUGUGGAUACAGCCAGGCAUAUGAUGAUAAUUUUGACUGGACCUUGAAGGCUGGCAUUGUUAGCACCAGAACCAUUGGCCCCUCCACAGAUCACACUUUUGGAACCCUACAAGGACAUUACAUGUACAUCAGAUCUUCUCUCUAUUUAUCACCUGGCAGCUUUGCACGACUGGACAGUGCCUUGAUGGAUGCAACCUCAGGCUCCUGUUUGCAGUUUUGGUUCAAUAUGCAUGGGUACAAUAUUCAGGGAGCAACAAUGGGGACACUGAAUGUGUACACUCGUAGUGAUGGUGCUCUUAGUAACACCAUUUUCACUCGCACUGGAGAACAGGGCAUUGAGUGGGACAUUGGCCAGGCCACUCUCUACAGUACUGUCCCAUUCAAGGUGACAUUUGAAGGUGUAGUUGGAAAUGGAUUCUUCAACUCUAUCUGUAUAGAUGACAUCACUGUUCAGCCUGGUGUUUGUCCUGGUGAAGGUAACUGUGACUUUGAAGAGAACCUUUGUACGUGGAAGAACACUGCUGUGGGAGAUAACUUUGACUGGCUACAAGGGCAGAACGUAGCAUUGAAAGGUUUCCCAGGCCUGGUUCUUGACCACUCAAUGAACACAGCUUAUGGUAUUUACAUGUACACUGACUCAGCUUUCCCCCUUCUGCCUGGUGAGAAAGCUUGGUUCAUUUCACCUUCUUUUGACAACUCUACAGCUCACUGUCUGACACUAUGGUACUUGAUGGCUACAAAAGGCACCAUUAACAUUAAUGUGUUGAUCUUGUCAACUGGUUAUCAGAGGAAGAUGGUCAGCAUUACACAGGAGGGGACAUACUGGCAGAUGGCAAGAGUGACCAUAGCUAACAUAAAUUCAUCUUACCGCAUUGUAAUCGAAUACAUCAUUGCAAAAGGAUUCAGUGGUGUUGCCAUUGAUGACAUCUCAGUGCAGAUAGGAAACUGCAGUGUAUUGCCCACAGUGUUUCCACAGCAGUGUGCCUUCACCUGUCCUGGAUCAACCACAUGCAUUGCUCGCAACAAAGUCUGUGAUUUUGUUUCUGAUUGUCCCCAUGGAGAGGAGGAAACAGCUUGCGGCUACAACUGCAACUUUGACAAUCAGACUUGCCACUGGGUCAGCAACAGUGAAGGAACCUAUGUCUGGACAAAAUACCGUGGCGCCACCCCUGAUUCUAACACAGGACCAGACAGAGAUCACACCACUAACUCUGGCCUGGGCUACUACUUGUACACAGAUGCCUCUAAUGGAACUCGUUAUGACCAGGCUCUCCUUCAGAGCCCACUGUUCCAGAGCUCUUCAGCCACGUGCCAGCUAAGCCUCUGGUACCACAUGUUUGGCAGUGGGGUAGGAGAUCUUUUUGUCAUGAAGGAGGAAGGUAUCACCAGAACAUACCUGUGGAAAACAAGCGGUGACCAUGGCAAUCGAUGGUAUCAGGCAGUCAUUCCAAUUGGAAGAAUGGCCUCACCUUUUACUCUGAUAAUUGGAUCUACAAGAUCCUUUAAUGUUCUUGGUGACAUUGCUAUUGAUGACAUAUUUUUCCAGCACUGUUCCUUCCCAGAACCAGCCACCAGCUGCACAGCAUUCAGCACCUUCAGAUGCCUCAGCCAGGCUUGUGUCCCAACACAGAAUGUAUGUGACUUUGUUGAUGACUGUGGAGAUGGUACUGAUGAACUUGACUACACCUGUGAUGAUUAUAUUCGCUGUGACUUUGAGACAAGCAUGUGUGGAUGGAAUCAAGACGUUACAGACAAUCUGGACUGGAGUAGACAUGCAGGCCCCUCUCCUACACCAGACACUGGCCCUUUAUACGACCACACCCUGGGUACCAGUACAGGACAUUACAUCUAUGUACAAAGCUCUGACCCUCUCCAAGAAGGAGCCACAGCCAGGAUUAUUAGCCGUGCCUUUCAAGCUUCUGUGCUAGCUCCAUACUGUCAGUUGAAGUUUUUCUGCUACAUGUAUGGCAGGACAACAGGCAGUAUGACAGUUUACACUCGAAACUCUUUCAAUGGUCCACUUGUUAAAAGGUUCAGCAGAUCUGGUGAGAUAGGCAAUUACUGGGUGAGCUCUGUGGUACCUAUCUAUGACACAAAACCUUUCCAAAUCAUAAUAGAAGCAAUAUUGCACAAUGCUUCUUUGGGAGACAUAGGAAUAGAUGACACCAUUUUCAAUCCAGCAUGCAAACUUCUGACAACAGACUUUCCCAUAGGCACACCAGGUUUUUCAGUCACUACACCUUCACCUUGUGGUGACCCCAGUGUUUACUAUCAAUGUUUAAAUGCUUCAAGUUGUAUAUCCAGAACUCUGGUGUGUGAUUUUGUUACCCAAUGUACUGAUGGUUCAGAUGAAGCCAACUGUGGGACAUGUGAUUUUCAGCAAGGUAUGUGCGGUUGGCAGGACAUCAGUGUUGAUAAGUAUGUGUGGGAACGACACAAUGGCUCCACAGCUUCUGCCAUUUCAGGCCCAAACGCAGACCACACCACAGGGAAGACCACUGGAAACUAUAUUUAUGUAGACUCAACUGCAACAGAUGACUAUGGGAAGGCAGUAAUGGUAUCACCUAUGUAUGGUGCCAUUGGUGCUGGUUGUGAAAUCAGUUUCUGGGUGCACAAGAAGACUUUUGCAUACCUGAGUCUGUACCUAGUUCCUCCAGGACAGAGUCCAUAUGAUGGCCAGCGUAUUCAAGUGUGGCAAGUUUCAGCAUCUCUGGGCAGUAACUGGACCAGUGCUACAGCUGGUUUAGGGGCACAUCCCCCUGGUUACAGACUUGUUUUUGAAGGUAUUUUUGGUACAACAGAUGGUGACAUUGCUCUUGAUGACAUUUCAUUCAGUCCCAGCUGUGCUGUUGGGUCUUACAUGAGUAUAUGUGCAUCAGACCAGUAUCACUGUGAUAACCACAUCUGUGUAGAUAAGACCAGGGUUUGUGAUUUUGCUAAUGACUGUGGAGACAAUUCAGAUGAAAAAAACUGCUCUAGCUAUGUUGAGCGUUGCAACUUUGAGGUGGAUUUGUGCAACUGGAUUCAGGAUCAGACAGAUGUAUUUGACUGGACCCGAAAAUCAGGGUCUACCACCACAGCAGGCACUGGCCCUGACAGAGAUCACACAUUAGGUACUGAAACUGGAACAUACUUGUACUUGGAGAGUUCUAACAGAAAACCUAAUGACACAGCCAGGUUAAAAAGCCUAAUUUUCCAGCCAGCAUCAGAAGGUCAGUGCUACAUGCGAUUUUUUCAUCACAUGCUUGGGAAGGACAUCAAUGCUCUUAACAUCUACAUAGAAGGAGCAGAACAAGGCUCGAGAGCACUGCUGCUGUCUAUUCAUGGUCAGCAGGGAGAUGAGUGGCGCAAGACCAUCCUCAGCAUUGUUAGUGCAUAUAACUUUAGGAUUGUGAUUGAAGGGACAACAGGGGCCAGUGACCUUGGUGACAUAGGCUUGGAUGAUAUCUCUUUCACACCAGGCUGUCAUCUGGCAGUAGGGGCAAGUCUACCACCAUUUGUAGCCAGCACCACUUUGCCUGGCAACAACAGUCAGUGUCUAGCAGGAACAUUUUUCUGUGGUUUCGACUCACAGUGUUAUCCAGAUAUUUUUAUCUGUGACUUUAAUCCUCAGUGUGAAGAUGGUUCAGAUGAAACUCAAUGUGCUUCAGUUUGUGAUUUUGAGACACAAAAUGUCUCUAUGUGUGGGUGGACCAAUCAGCCUGAAGGCAAUGCAGCAAACUGGAUUUUAAGGACCCCUGUGUCCUUAGGUUACCCUGCUGUAGAUCACAAUCCAGGAACAGCUUCAGGACAUUUUGUUUCAGCUGUAUUUCCAAUCACACAGUCCUUGUAUGGCAAUUCACGACUGGUGUCUCACUUCUAUAGAAAUUCUGGUCGUUUUUGCUCAUUUAAUUUCUGGUAUAUGCACAGUGACUCUGGUGUAAAGAACCUGCUCCUGUUUGUGAGGUCUGGUGGCAUAGAUCAACAAAUCUGGGCCCUGCCUUCUGCACAACCUGCUCCAAAUAUCUGGCACAAUGCUACUGCAUUUAUUCCAUUUUGUGUAUCAGAAUUUCAGCUUGUCUUUGAGGUGCAGGGGCUGAGAAAUGGUUAUGCUGCCCUUGAUGAUUAUUCUUUUGAGAACUGUGGAGUGCCUGUUUGGAGCAUGCCCCCAGAUGGUUGUGAUGCUAUGACAUUUACAUGGGAGUUUGAGUGUCAAAGUGGGCAGUGCAUAACUCAAUCUGUGGUAUGUGACAUGCAGUCAGACUGCUGUGAUGAAACUGAUGAGUCUAUUUACCAGUGCUAUGCAUAUAAGAAAAUUGAUUUUGAGCAGGGCUUUGAUGGCUUUGUGCAGCUGACUGAUGACAAUUUUAAUUGGACACGUCAUCGGGGUCCAACAGAGACAUCAGGGACGGGUCCCUCACAAGAUCACACAACUGAUUCUACAUCUGGAUACUAUUUAUAUAUUGAGUCUUCCCCUCCACAGCAGCUGAAUGACAAAGCUCGUCUAGCUUACUAUCUACCAGCACCCACUCCUGGUUUGCAGUGUAGCAUGCGUUUGUGGUACUACAUGAAUGGAGCACAUUCAGGGAGCCUUAAUAUCUAUAGUCGAGAUGCAUCAGGUAAAACUAUUCUGUAUACAACCUUGUCGUCUGAUCAUGUCAAGCAGUGGCAGAAGUCAGAGGUCAAAUUUGACACACAGCAACCAUUUGCAGCAAUCAUAGAAGGAGUUGUAGGGGUGGGGUACCUAAGUAUCAUAGCAAUUGAUGAUGUCUCUUUCACACCUGGCUGUGGCAAAGGAUCACCUACCCCUCCUCCAACACCAUCUACAGCAGUGACACAGUCCUCCACUUCCUCACCUUUCCCACCAUGCCAAGCUGGUCAGUUCCAGUGUGCAUCCACUGGCAUGUGCAUCUCAGGAGAAAACGAGUGUGACUUUAACACAGACUGUCCUGAUAACAGCGAUGAAAUGUUGUGUUUUACCAUUGGUACCUGUACUUUCUCAACCUCUGUCUGUGGGUGGACAGAAUACAUUCCAGAUUCAAUGGACUGGCAGCGUGUGAGGCCUAGUGAUAUUCACAAUGUCAUAACUGCCCCACAGAAAGAUGGCGAUGGGUCAAGCAAUGGCUAUUUCCUGUACUUACAGGACACUCAAAAUGGUAACACCAAUGGCCAGACAGACAGACUAAUGAGUCCAGUGUACAGCCUGUGUGCUGGAGAAUGCAAGAUUCAGUUCUCAUACUUCAUACAGGGAUCUAACCCAGGAUUUCUAGCUCUCUCAAUCUGUUCAUCUUCUACGAACAGUACUCUGUGGCAAUCAGUCGGCACUACAUCAGACCAGUGGGUCACAGAAAUAGUUGGAAUUGACCGAAGGAAAGACAAGUUCUGUCUUCAGUUUGAACAUUUAGAUUCAUCAAACAUUUCAGGAACUAUUGCCAUUGAUAACAUUGAGUUUUCUAACUGCGGACUACCAGUUCCUGUUUCAGAGUGUCAAGCUGACUUGUUCACUUGUACAAACCAUGCUUGUAUUGACAACAAUCUCAUCUGUGAUCAUAUGGAUGACUGUGGAGAUAAUUCUGACGAAACUUACCAUGUGUGUGCUCAGUAUAAAAUGUAUGACUUUGAUGAAAACCCAAAUAAUCUUGGUGAUUUAACUCAGGGGCUGGACUACAUUGAUGAUCAGCAAGACUGGUCACUGUACAAAGGAAACAAUGCACCUGGCCUUCCCACCAUGGACCACACAACAGGCACACAGAAUGGACAGUACAUCUACCUCUGGGCUUCCAGCAUAACUCACUUUGGUGACAGAGCUUGGCUGAUAUCUGUACCCUUCCAAACCUCUACCUCAGAUAAACCUUGUUCACUGCACUUCUUUUACUAUAUUUAUGGCAACAAUGGACAUCAGAUCAACAUCAUGUAUCGUACACAUCGCAAUGGACCAGCUGACAAAGUGGUAUGGUCAGUGAGUGGCAGCUAUGGAGCUGUAUGGCAGAGAGCAUCCACACAGAUUAGUGUCUCCCAGCCAUUCCAGGUCAUCAUCGAAGGUCAACUAAGGGGCAGCAGCUAUGGUGUAGCCCUUGAUGACCUUUCCCUCAGCCCUGGCUGCUCUGUCAGUGACAGUGCACUACCAGCACUACCAGUAACCCCACCCACCACACCUCCUGCAGCCUGUACAAGCAACCAGUACUUAUGUAUCAUCAACAGGAUGUGCAUCAGCUACAGGAGUCGAUGUGAUGGUGUCAGUGAUUGCCCUGACUCCUCAGAUGAACUGGGCUGUGGCUGCAGCAGUGAUCAAUUUAGGUGUGGUAAUGGUUUGUGCAUCGACUCCAACAAGAAAUGUGAUGCAGCCAAUGACUGUGGUGAUGAGAAUGCAUCAGAUGAAAAUGAUCCAGACUGUGUCUUGUACCUGCGCUUCAAUUUUGAGAGUUCCAGUUUUGGUGAAUUUACCCAAGGUCACACAGGCAUAGAAGAUAAGACUGACUGGCAGAUUGGGCAAGCAAGCAGCAUGUCAUUCUCAGGACUUCCACAAACAGACCACACCACUGGGAAAUCCUCUGGACAUUUCUUGUUUGCAAGGUCUCACAACCCUGGAGAGACAGCCUGGCUCAUUUCUCGACCAUUUGGAGCCACAGCAAGACAGAACUGCCAGAUGAAGCUUUUCUUCUACAUCUUCGGCAGCAGUGUGCAUCAUCUCAGCAUCCUGUAUCGCACACACAAUUCUGGGCCUCCUGAUGGGCAGAUCUGGACAAGUGCUGGUCAGCAGGGCCCCAACUGGCUGGAAGCCUCACCCCUCAUCAGUAUUGACACACCUUUCCAGAUCAUUAUUGAAGCAUAUGUGGCCAUGGCCAAUCAAGCCAUUGCUAUUGAUGAUGUGUCUUUUACACCUGAUUGCCAACACAGUGUCACUAACUUGCCACCAUUGCUACUUGCUACAACAGUGAAACCAGUGACUCCAGCAACAAAAAUAUGUGAUCACACAGAACUGGAGUGUGAUAACAGGCGACAGUGUUAUACCAAGGCACAGCUGUGUGAUAACAAGAAUGACUGUCUUGAUGGAAGUGAUGAAGCAAAAUCCAAAUGCUCCUGUUAUUCUGGAUUCUGUUCCAACGGUGGUCAUUGCUUGGUGAAAGUUGGUGCAGGACCAACGUGCAUCUGUGCCAGCAACUACACUGGCAUUUACUGCAAUACACCAAGAGGUCCUGGUCAGUCAAGACAACAAAGCAGAAGUGAGAGCUGGGCAGUACCUGUGGGUGUUACUGUGGGGCUGCUUGGUGUUGCAGCAACUCUUGGAACUGCUGUGUAUCUUGUCAGAAGAAACAGGGGAUCUGGCCUAAGGCUUCCAUUCGCACUCUGGCGCCAGCAUUGGACCAGAAGAAGCAGUAUUACGACUAAUCCCAUUUUUGACUAUGGAACACAGGACAUUGAUCAUCCUGUAAAUGAAGUAGAGAUGCCAGUAGUCCAAGACUUACAAGACUCUAAUAGUCAUGAACUUCAAGACUUGAGAAACUCUUCUGGGCUGGAUCAACAGCUAGAUAAUUACAGCCCGAGCUGAACCAGUCAACAGUUCCUUCAGCACAGACGCUUGAUAAUUUGUGUAUUAAAUUUUCAGAAAUAUCAAUAAAUAUAUUAAGGAUAACCUGUCA